GUAGUACAUUCGGCCUACAUCACCUGUCCAACUGCGGGCUCAGAAUUUGCUUUCCAUCAUCCAAACCGAAACAUGGCGAGACCCAACAUGGUCUGAUGAUCAAAGUUUCUUUGAUCUUACGAUCAAUAACCUCCACAACAGAAUGCAGCAACGGUUAAACGGCUUGAAAAGCCGUAGCGAUGAGUCUAGACUGCAAGCUGCUAAAGAUCUGCAGCAUUAUGUCUCAACUGAGCUCCGGGAAGCUUCAGCCGAACAGUACACGAGUUUUAUGGACGAGUUAAACCAUCAUAUUUUCGAGAUGGUUUCGAGUUCGGACGCCAACGAAAAGAAAGGGGGAAUUAUGGCGAUUGGUGAGUAUGAAAGAAUUAGUGUCAAGUUAUAUCUUUUUUUUGUUUAAUAGGCAAAUAUGUAUAUAUUUUGGCCAUUUUCGACUCUUCUAGAUAAUGCGGUGCUAGUUAAGUUCUGUGGUUAAGGUUAACCUUACCAAAACCGAUCCCGUAAUUGUGCUUGAUCAUGAUGCACAGUCGCUUAUCUUGAAAAUAUGGAAUGAAUGAAUGAAUGAAUGAAUAAAAAAAAAAUAAACAAAAUAAAUGAAUAAAUAAAUAAGUAAAUAAAUAGAUAAAUAAAUAAAAGAGCAAGUAAAUAGGUUAAAAAGAAAAUGUUAAGAAUAAAAAUAAAUAAGAUAAAGUGAAAUAAAAUAAAAUUCAUUGGUGUCCUCUUUUGCUUCCAUAAUGGGGUAAUUGUCCAUAAUUUAUUGUGUUUACCACUUUUACUUAGUACGGUUAUAUAUACAUGUACAAGUAUGAAUGAUAAUAUUAUUAAUUUUUAUGGUAUUGUUUUCUCUUCAUCUGUAUGCAUUUUGUUGGUGCAACUAUUAUGCUUAAAUGAAAUGUUACAGAUAAUACCAAAACCCUCACAUCUAGAAUGAAAAGAAAACAUUAUAAAAUGAGGGUUAUUUAACAUGUGGAAUGAUGGAGAUAAAAAUGGUUAAACAAGAAUGCGUAGCCUUGGGCUUUUUGUCAAAAGUAAGCUUUCAGUAAGCCUUGAUUGAGGUCCAAAUGUUGAAUUAUUCUUACUUGUCUCUUGUUUAGUUGCCCUUAUUGGAAUUGAUGGUGGAAACACCACCAAAAUGAGCAGGUUUGCCAAUUAUUUGAGGAAUUUGCUUCCAUCAAAUGACCAAGUUGUGAUGCAAAUGGCUUCUAAAGCAAUGGGAAGAUUGGCACACACCGGGGGGACAUUUACUGCUGAUUAUGUUGAAUUUGAAGUCAAAAGAGCCCUGGAAUGGCUGGGUGGUGAUCGAAAUGAGGGUCGCCGACAUGCUGCUGUAAGUAAAUAAGCACGAACUUGAACUUAUUACAUGAUUUUUCAAUAACUUGUACACUGCAUAAUUUGAUGUGUUGAUUUUGUUGCAGGUCAAAUUUGAUUUCAGGUUAAAUUUUUUAACGUAGGUUGAAAAUCAAUCAAAUUUGACCUGUAACAUACACAUGUUUCAGCUCCACAUUCAUCCUUUAAGCACCAAAAUUCUCUAGACUGAUCUCCAUGCAUUUCCUUAAGUAAUGGUUCAGAUAAAAAGGAAAGCAACAACGGCUUUGAACAUGUUGGAAUGAAAAAGGUGCUAACUUUACUAUUGUCUGUACUACACUUGUGAUUGGCUUAAAUGGCAAAAGUUAAGAAAACUUCCUAAAGCUGUGGCAAAAGUUAAGAAAACUUCCUAAAGCUGUACAUAUAAUUCAUCUUACUUUUCCAAACAACUUCCAUAUAACAAAAUCGCAUCUCAAUCUGAAUAACAUAGAAAUCCUAUGUGGGGAAAUUGUAAAAUUGUAAACUUUACUUUUCUUGGCUAUUGUUGCAAGUCUUAUGAUUGGUCAAAAUCUUUUAACACAAAAAAAUACAUGUACCCUUUCAAGAUGGGGUUUAAAUACAUCAUUUUAUCAUGUUAACAAAUGGCCUUUCUGUAGGUUUAUGCAUUCUCUAUGUAAAAAUGAGAACAUUCCUAUGUGGGGAAAGCGCUUGGUGCAUAAAAAAAGUAAAUCCUUUCUACCUUACCCAGAUCAUUACUUAAUGAAUUAACUUUUCUCUUGAUUACAUGCAUUUGUUAUACAGUGUAUGGCUACAAUAGUAUGUGCAGCUAGAUUGGCUGCUAAGUGGGCAUUAUUUUCUUGUAAUGACCGGGCACUACUAGCUACAGUGUAGGUAUCCAAGUCAUAUACACGAACAGUCUGUGUUUAACUUGACAAUCUGUGUUUAACUUGAUGUGUAUUUUACUAACCAUAACACUGGCUUUUUGAAAGCCAUGAGGUUAAUUAUUGGGCUGCCUGUGGGAGAGCCAAUGGAGUUGUCAGUGGCCAGUCGUAUCCGACUGAAAGAUGCUUUUUAAAUCUUGUAGGUGUUGGUACUGAAAGAGUUGGCUUUGAAUGCACCAACCUUUUUCUUUCAACAAAUUCAACCCUUCUUUGAGAACAUUUCCAAUGCAGUACGUGACCCAAAGGUUAGUAAAAAAUGAUUUUUACUUUAAUACUCCUUUCAUGGAAACAUAGUACUUUUGCUUUCUCUAAUUAUUACAAUGUAACUACAUGUAACCAACAUACCCUCCUGGGACCAACAAGGAGUCUCCGUCAAAGAGAGCAUUGAGCCUUACUGGUAAUUAAAGAACAUGAAACAACAAGACUGAAAGGUAGCAGGGACCAUCUCUACGUGUAGAUGCCCAUUUUAGAGAGGUGCCUGUCAUUAUAGAAGUUCCUAUUCAGAGAACUGACUGCAAAUCUUCGUGCAGUGUUCUUACCACUAUUUUUACUUUUCCUGUGUUGUUUUGGUUUAUCAACAAGCUGUGACAUUUUGAUUUAGAAUUAAUUUAUUAUUUUCUCCUCUAAUGUUUUAAAUUUGGCCAAAAUGUAAUACAUGUAUUUAGGUGAGGUUAAACGUGAGACAAAGCUGGCCAAGGAUCUCCAUUGCUAAUCGUAUGUGGGGUGGGCUUAGGGCUUUUUCAAGGCCACAGUAUUUUUACAGCACUCCCGCUCGUGUUGUCUUUGCUUGUGCUUGUGUCAAAGCCUUUUUGCUCCCAGCCCUUCCUUUCCUCAGAGUGGGUCUUGGUUCAUGUAAGUAUCUGAAAAUUUUCCACUGGAGUUCUCAGUGUGAUGGUGCCUGGUGGCUGCUGCUCACAUGGUUGUCAUGGUUACCUUCACGCUUGCUUGUGGCCCUCUCAGGUUACUCAGACACCCUCCCCACACCCAUAGAUUAACGAUGGGUUUAAAUGGAAAAUUGGCAUGGGAAAACAAAAUUGACUACAAUUUUGCAUGUAGGCUACCAUAUUACAUAAUUAUUAUGUCGUACAGAUCCCUCAGCAAUUUAUACAGUAGAUGCCAAAUUUUAUACAAUACAUGUUCACUACAGUAUUUAGAUCAUUCAUAACAUUAUGCACUGCUUGCCUUCCUAGCUACUAUAAUUAUUACAAACUAACAGGGACUUACAUGUACAGUGUAAUAUGGAUACUUAAUUAUUGCAGCAAGCUAUCCGUGAAGGAGCAGUGGAAGCAUUACGAGCCUGCCUUGUUAUUCUGGCUCAGCGGGAGACUAAGGAAAUGCAAAAAAGACCAAUUUGGUACAAUGUAAGUUGAAGCAUUUAAAUAGUUGAAGUAUUCAAGAUCCAGCUCAUUAAACUUUUAGCACUCGGGCCCUUGUUUACAUUUAACAAUAUUAGAUGAAGUUUUUGUGAUACCGUACAGUGUAUUCAGAAUAAUUUACGAUGCCCCCUUUGUAUGCACAGAUCUGUGUAUGUGCCAAUAUAAGAGCAACCUUAAAUGCUUCGCAAUCAAGAAAGCUGGUAGAAACCGAGCCUGUGAAGGCGUUAUUAACAGAAACUCAGAGGUACAUAUGUAUAGCAUUAUACCUGUAAGAAAAAGUCAUGUAUUGCGCUGUACAUGUGGGAACGUGGGUUAAUUUGGUUUGUUUUGUUUUCUUGGUAGCAAAUUUACGAAGAGGCAAAGAAGGGUUUUGAAGAUGCACUUAACACAAAAGAGAAGGGAGUUGUUUUAACCAAGGAUGACAAAGCACAUGGUUCUCUGCUGAUUAUGAAUGAGCUGAUUAGGAGUGCAAGCUUUGAAGGAGAGGUAUACAUGUAUUAUUGUUGCUUCGAUCAAUAAUAUUCACACAACUGUGGACUGGUCUUAACAUGUACAUGUAGCUGUGUAACACUUUAUAUUUUUAAUUCCAUCUCAUGGACCAAGCAAAAUAUGAAUUUUUUAGUUUUUGUUAUGUCAAUCUGUAAGUUUUAAAGCGGACAAAAUUAAUAGUGAUACAUGGUGUAUUUGUAUAGGUAAUAGCAUGAUUUGUAGUGAUAUUAUUUGGCAUAAAUACCACAAGUGAUAUUUCGAAAUUGUUGUACAUAAGUUGAUGAGCCGUUAGGUGAGUGAAAUUACGAGACAAUUUGGGAAUAUCACAAGUGGUAUUUAUGCCAAAUAUCACGUACAAAUCAUGCUAUUAUUUGUUUAUACUACUACCUUCAAAGGUUUUGUAAUUUUCACAUGUAGGUAUUUCAAAUGAAGCUGAAAUACCACUGCUCUAAGCCAAUCAAAUUGCAGAAAUUUCUCAUGUACGUGUAGUAGUAUAAACAGGUAAAUGAAUCAAUAAAUAGUAAUACUAUUGUAUUUAAUUCCGAGUAACCCACAUUCACAACACUUCCGAAUGAUUUGCAGCGAGCCAAGCAAGAAUUAGAGGAAAUUUACUGUGAUCAAACACAAAGCCAAGUCAGCCUAGAUGAUCUGGGUAUCACCUCCCCCAAGAGUAAAUUUGCCCUACAAACUGGCUACCAGCAUCAGAGGUCACUUGCAUUACUUGCCGGGGGAGGGAUGGGGGAAACUAUGUGCCACAGCAAGGUCUGCAGGGAAUAUAUGGAUGAUCAUUUUGAAGAGGUGAGAGGAAAUAAUAUUUUUAUUGUUGUUUAAUUUUCAGUGAAGUUUUUUUGUCUCUUUAACAAACAGAGCUUAUAAUGCUGAUGAAUAAUGGGAAAAAGCACACACCAGAAUGACAUUACAUGUCAGGGCUUCUGAUAUUUCGCGCGGUUGCAGAGCCGCGAAAUACCGUGAAAUUCAGUAGAAAUCUUAUCAAAUACAUGUCUGUACAGCAAUGUUGAAACUUGUCUCCGCUACUGGGGGUAUUUACUUGCCGUAAAGUCGCAAAUUUAUGUCAAAACGUCAUCACUGAAACAUGCAAACAACGUUCCGAAACUACCAGGCGUAGAUUAUGUUGUGGAAAACUGGGCAAUAGCCAUGAUGUUAAAGGCUUUGCCAUUGGUUCAUUUCUGGAGCGUAUUGUUGUUGAAAGAGCAAAUGAUGACCUCUGUUAGAAAAACAUUAAAAAUGCUGGUUUGAUCAGCGCAAAACUGAUCAAUUUCUAGUGAAAUUUGCCCUGAAAAUAACCACAAAAUCCGCCGUUUUUUUACUGAAUGCUUUCCGGUCAAGUGUGCCCCGAAAAUUCCUGUAAAAUUUCCACAAAUCACGACCUAUCAGAAGCCUUGAUAUGUAGUUCCAUUAUGCUCAUGGCAUGAAUGUCAAGCAAGUGUUUUGCGUGUCAGCUAGUUAAAAACAAUGUGAACAACGACAACAAUACUUGUGGUACAGCUCAAAUGUAACUUGACAGACACUUUUGUCUCGACCCCAGAGACUCAAGACUGUUUCUUGCAUGUUAGUGUGUUUUGGCUAGAGAAUCAAGUUUGGAGGAUCUAGUCAAGAUUGUCUAAAACUUACCUUUCUUGCAAUUGUAAUUGUAAUUUGUUUACCCAUGGAGCACUAAGGAGUUCAUAAGAACUUGUUGAAACGUGUCCGUGCGUGCCAGAUCGAAUUGGAAUUUGAAAGUGUUGGUUUUUAAGGAGAGGGGGAAAAUCAGAGUACUGGGAGAACAACCUCUCUGAGCAAGGGAGAGAACCAGCAACAUACUCAACCCACAUAUGGCAUCGACGCCAGGAUUCGAACGGGGGCCACAUUGGUGGGAGGGGAGUACUUUCACCAAUGCGCCACCCUUGCUCCCCUUAAUACCUUUGAGUGGUAUUGUACAUAAAGAAAGUUGUGGGUACACCCCUAGCAAGAAAAACUACAGUGUCCAAGAUGACCUGAUGGCUAGAGGGUAAAGCAUUAUUAUUAUUUUUAUUCUUCUGCUCAUUUUUCUUGUUUUAGGUGUGCAAACUAGUUUUGAGAUACAGAACAACGAGAAACAGCUCCAUUCAGCAGAUGUUACUUACUAUUUUGCCUAGACUUGCUGCAUUCCAGUCUGUCAGAUUUGUCAAAAAGUUAGUCCGAUGAGUAUUUAAUUUACAUUUUUUGUUGGUGUAAAACUAUACAUGAACUUUUAAUUGUCUGUCAUGAAGAACACUUUGAGACAGAGAGAGGACUUUACCAUAAUUACCUUUUUUUUUUACUUUAGAUAUCUAAAAGACACCAUGGAAUACCUCUCUUCUGCCCUAAAAAGGGUGAGUACCAACUAAUGCCAUAAAUUAUUAUUUUAAUAGUACUGCCCAGCAGGCACUUGUUCAUUUACUUUCUGGUAUUACAUGUGUUUAUAUUUAAGCAAUAGAAAACGUUUUCUGUGUUUGCAUAGCCUGAUAUAAACACAAGAGGGGUUGAGGGAGAAUUCGAGACAGUCAUGCAAACCCGGGACGAAGUCGAGGGUUUGCAUACAUUGUAACUGUCGAGAAUUCUCCCAACCCCUUGAGUGUUUAUAUAAUAAGGCUAUGCAAACACAGGAAAAAAGUUUUCUAUUGCUUUUAUAAAAAUCAAUAAAUAACUUUCCCAAGAAAAAACGCAAAACUCUUUGUUAUGGCACUGAUUAAAAGAGAAAUUCUUACCAGUUGUAGAGUCUUGUACAUAAAGUCUUGCACGCGUAAUCAGUUCUUGUAUUGCAAAACGAUACUUUUCAGAAAUUAAUACAGAUUUUUCUUGCUUAAACUGUCAGCUUAAACAAAAAAAAAAUGACAUACCUUCUUUGUAACGAUUUUCCAAGUUUCAGGCAACAGAGGAAUGGGUAAAUAAAGUAAACUUGUCGAGUUUUGAACUAAAAAACUUUUUCAAAUUGAAUUAAAUGUCAUACAUUCAAAUUAAAUUAAAUGUUAUACAUUCCUGACACGAUUGUUAUAACUGACAUCAAAAUUGAUGCUCGUCCUUACAUAGUUAUGUCAGACUUCCUAACCUUGCAGAGCUUUCAAUAACUCAUUUUGUCCUAUAAAUAACCAUAACUAACUAGUGAAUGAUUUUGCUGUCAGGAAAGAGAAAGAUCUUCAGCAUUCAAAGCCACUGGGUUGAUAGCUCUUGCCGUACGUCAUGACAUAGAGAGGUAUAGGGGACCUGUGUUUGAACAAGUGAAAGCUUUGUUCCCCAUGAAGGACCUUGGGCACAAGUAAGGACACAAUUUCAUUGUUUAUGCAAAAUUUGGGAAAAGUAUUGUAAUACAUGUAAACCUUGUCAACAUGGCUGUAAGAAAUGCUGUGAUUGAAAAAAAAAAACAUUGUCACUUGAAAAGUUUAAACCAUGAAAAAUGGGACCUAAUGGAUUUACGGGUAGAAGUUACAUUUACAUGUAGCUUUACAAAUUUAAAGUUCUUUCCAGAAAAGUUUAAUUAUCAAAGCUUUUUGCAAUGAUGCAUUCCAAAAAAGUACAAACAGUUUCCAGUUUUCUUGGGGAUAAGCUCACAACUUCACCUGUGCAGGGAACAUCAGAGAUCUCUACAGUAUAGCUAUAUCACUAACACACACUUUAAAACAUAAGAUAGGACCUAAAAGCUUUCUUGGCAGACUGCAUAAAAACACAAUUGUAUGCCUUAAACAAAGCACUCCAGGGAUUUGCAUCCACACGAGAAGCUCAUGACAAUGUAAACUUGUGAUGGCGGAAAGAAUUUGCUUUGCUAAUGAGCAUAUAUACCCAUAAAUCCUUGAAGCCUCCUUGUCUAUGGUGUAUACUUCUUGAACGACAAUGUUUUUUCAAUCAGGUAUAUACAGAAUUAUACUUACAGUACCGCUCAAAAGUAAAUUGACACUUGAACCUCAAAACUCGUAGCUUGAUCCUUGCGUCUCAAGGCUUGAACGCUUCGAGUUUCGAGAUGCGAGGAUCGAGUCUUGAGUUUCGAUGAUCGAGGAUCGAGGAUCCAAGAAGCUGAACAAUGUUGUACAGUCACGUAGCUGUUCAGAUAUUCGCACCAUCGAUCGGUGCUUGCAGUGCGGUGUUCUGUAACUGUUUGAAUUGUCGGGUUUCGGCAAGCUUUCAAGUGUAAAUUGAUAUUUUCAUUUUCGAAGAUUUAUCCUGCAUGUACCCCUGAAUGCGGCAGUUUUUUGCCAUUGUUUUACAGUGAAUUGACCUAUAAUGAAAAGAGUGUGAUAUAAACUUUGAUUGCAGCUUUUAUGUUGCCACAUUAUUGUUGGUUUCAUUAAUUUUCCUUUAUUACUUUUGAUGAUAUAUUAUUAUGCAUUUUGUGCUAGGCGGCAAAAAGCAGUUACAGUUGAUCCAAUGGUGUUUGCAUGUGUCGCUAUGAUGUCACGUGCCAUUGGACCAAAGAUCUCUAAGGAAGUCAAAGAUUUGCUCGAACCAAUGCUGUCAGUUGGUUUAAGGUGAGUCAUUCAUGCAAUCUGUAUUUUUAUCCAUUCUGAUUAAAAAACCAGUACAUAGAAGUACACAGAAAGUGGCCCAGUACAUGAAAUAAUUAUAAUGAUUAUUUUUCUUUAUCUUUUGUUUUUGCAGUCCAGCCCUUACAGCUUGUUUACAUGAUUUGGCUUGCCAAGUGCCUCAACUUAAGAAGAAUAUUGAAGGUAAAAUUUAAUGCACGCAUUAUUUUCACUCAGCCUCUUUGUGAAGGUCUUAAUAUCCAGUUAUACAGGUAACUCACUCAGGUUCCAAUAAGUUUUAGGGCUUGUAUGUAUCCUGAACUUUUUGUGUACUUGCAUAAAUCUUACUGACUUAAACAUAAAAUAAUAUUACCCAAUACAGUACAUGUACUUUAACUUCUUUUCCAUGAUUUUACAGAUGGUCUACUGAGAAUGCUGUCCAUGAUCUUAAUGCAAAAGCCAGCACGCCAUCCUGGGGCGCCAAGAAGUGCCACGCCCACACUCACCCCAUCUGGUAUGGUAAUUUCUUUUCUCAAUAUUCUCCUUACAACUAAAAUAAGACAGUUACAACUGUAGAGAGAAUAAACUAUAAUUAUCUAUAUUGUUCUAUAACCAUGGACAUUGUGAUUUUUGAAACAUUUUUAUGGAAGACUGAUUCAGUAGUAGAUUUAUAAACUGAUUUGCUGUAUGCCAUUCUAGGAAAGUGAACAAAAGCUGUGUUAGUUUGGGUUGUAUUCCUUUGGGCAGCCAAUAAAACUUUGGUUAUUUCAUUAGAUCACAAAUGAUAGUCCCUCUUUCCUCAGAAUCAUGCGCAGCAUGCAAGCAAAAAAGUAAAAUUACGCAAAUUUAUGGAAAAAAAAAGAGGAAAAAUUUGGGCAUAAUAAAGAGGAAAAAGGACAGUCACAGACUUAGGUUUCUGUCCUUGUUACUUGCUACUUUGCUGCUGACUACUCACGUGUGGUCUUGAUCUAUUGUGACUCAAACAAAAAGUACGUGAUUGAUUGUAGUCUAUUGUUUAAUUAUAAUAAUUAACAGUUAUUGAACGAGGUUGAGCAAAAUACAUGUACUGUGAUUUGUCAGUGGUGAGCAAAUCAAUAUUUGACCUUGGAAAAUAAUUGAUAUGCAAUACACUGACAAAUCACGGUAUUUUGCAACAACCGAGUUAGUUAAUUAUUUUAUGAUUCAGUCACUGAGUUGGCCAUGUUCAUGAAAGGGCGAGCACGAGGAGAAAAGCGUGGCUUCAUUUACGCAUGAGCAGAUUUUUAUUUGCAGCCAAACACUAAGCCAAACACUUAACCAAACACAGUUGGAUGAAACUGCACAUGAGCAGAUCAUUAUUUGUGAGCAGUUAUUUGCAGGUCACGUGGUGGGCUCUUGGUCAAUGAAAAUGAAGAAAACUUGCAUCAAGUGAUAAUAAUUAAUAAUGAAUACUCACCAUUCUUCUUGUCAUCAGCUUCAUCUCAUUUACUUUCUGAUACCUUGGAUGUCACCAGUACUGUGUUGGCUUUAAGGACUCUGGGAACAUUUGAUUUUGAAGGUGAGAACAAAGUAAAUUCAAACCUCUGUUAAAUGAUGACCCUUGAGGAAGUGACAAACCUCAAGCUCGUAUACAUAAUUUGAGCUAUUUUCGUAUGUUCUUGAAAAAUGGUUUCGGUAAGUGUUCGUUAUUUGUUUUAUCACCCAAUGGUUGAAAAGAACAAAACAUGGACUCUUCGUUUUCCCGCCAAAGAAAACCCUAAUAUGGAGAAGGCAUCGUUCGAUUGACCAAUCGUGUUGCAGUAUGACGUCAAAGCGAUUUCUAUAAAGUUCUUCGGGCAUGGAGUAUUUUCAGCCGAGCGUUCGCUUAACCAACCAAAAGCCAGGUGCGUUUGUAUCCAUUCGAUAAACCAAUCAAAUCACUCCAUUUCCGUUCUUUUGUUGUUUCUAUUUUGUUCGCGCGUUUUCAUUUCAAGGUCAUACGAAAAUCGCUCUAUGUACAUGAAUAGUGCAACUCAGGGGUAAGUGACCAAUGCACUCACAAAUCACACUGGCGUUUUUUGCGUUGACACAAAUUUGUUAACAUGUUUGUAAAAGCAACUUUGGGGUUUUCUUUUAUCUCCAAGCUCUUACAACCCUUUCCAGUUAUCUGUAGAUUUUACAACAGUCUGCUCCAAUUUGUAGCGCCAUUUUUCAUUAAUUUGUUUGGCCUUUUUUUCUUGACAGGUCAUCUGCUGGCUCAUGGAAACCUUGUUCGGCACUGUGCUGACACUUUCUUGGCAAGUGAACACAAGGAAAUUCGCAUGGAAGCUGUGCGAACCUGCUCCAGGCUUCUGUCACCAUCACUUCAUGUAAGUUGCAUUGGAUAGAUUAACAGAGGUCAAGUAAAGGAGUGUUCGUUUUAAAAUUGUUGGCUGACUGUAUUUUCCUAUUGGAUUGGGGGCGUUAAUGUUUGUGAAUUUCUUUGCAAUGGUUAAAACAUAAAACGAGAUGAAAUACAGUAAAAAAAAAAAGAAGAAAGGUUGUUAAUUAAUACAUGUAAGUUUAGGGUCAAAAGUAGUUGACACACUUGUCUAAGACGGGUGCUUUUGUCGACAAUUUCAUUCAUUUAUUAUUUUAUUCUGCUUAACGCCAAAAAAAUCCCCCACCCCCUAAUCAAUGUUGUUUGUAGUAAAAGGAGGGCUUGAGGGUGAAAAACACGACAUUGGUAUUUUGGGAAGGGGGGGUUACUCUGGGGGAGGGGGUACCUAUGUCCACUGUUGAAAAAGGGGCCAUUUUAGAGAAGUGUCUCAACACUUUGUCCCUCUUUGUAGCCUGUAAAGACCGCCGACAUUUUACGACCCUACCCGACUGGUUUCCCAGCGAAAAAACAUCUAAGGAACGACCAUGGAAAUUUCAUACUGAUGAUUUGCCACUCUCCUAGACUACGAGUAGUCCCCCAUUUUUUUCUCAGGGAGAGUAGAACGAGCGAAACGCGAGAGCACGUGAAAAUCACCCCACGCGAGAAAGGCGAUACGCGUGUCGCCUUUUCUCUCGUGGGGUGAUUUUCACGCGCGCUCGCGUUUCGUUCGCUCUACUAUCCCUGAGGAAAAAUGGGGGACUACUCGUAGUCUACCACUCUCCAGAUCUAGGUACUGUAGAUUUGGGUUAAGAUAGGAAACUAGAGGUGGGAUGGCGAAAUGUCAGCUGUUUUCUAAGGCAAUAAAAAAAAGUAAAAAGAAAUUAAAAAGUUUAUUGUACACUCUCCUGCGGGACUUUUCAGCGAUACAAGACAAAGGUAUAAUGCAUUACAAAGGUUUUUCAAAAAUAUAUAUCUACCUAAAAGGUGUAAAAAAACCCCUAAGUUUCCGUUUAAAAUUCCUAUGGUACCAAACGUUCGCAGGGGUCAAGAAAUUUCUGUAACAACGUUUGCUUUAGAUUUUUUUAAUAUCCCUAUGAUUCUUACUUAAUUUCAGGUCUUUAUCCGGGCUGUUACUCAAACUGACAGCUCUGUACUGGAAUGAUCGUUCUCAAACUCAUUAAUUAUUCGUAGAGAAAAUACAUAAGAAAAUUAAUGUUACAUGAGUGUUUGGAAAUUAGAUGAAAAACUGCUCAUUUUGGAAUCCUUAAUUUCUCCAACUAAAAUCCUUUUAAGUUCGUCAAAAAAUAUUCCGCUGUGCGUAUUUUUAACUGUCUUCUCGGUGUUUCAUCUGGUGAUGAAACACUGCGUCUCAUGCUUGAUAUAAUUAUUACAUCAAGUUUCAAAUUAACUAUUUUGAAGGAUCAAGAUAUUCAGUUUUUUUUUAGGUUUUGGCUAAAUUUUGACAUUAUUCUUUACACAGCCAAUGGUAGUACCAACUGCCACACUCCAUCAUGUCUCCAUCAGUGCCAGUUCAACUCAAGUUGUGUCGGAAGUUCUGUCCAAAAUGAUUAUGGUGGGGAUUACUGAUCCAGGUGAAGUUUGCUGUCUUCGCUUGUUUGCUCCUCGACAAAUUCAGGAUGUUAAGGGAUAUUUAGUGUAGCUGAUAUUCUUCAAAUAGCAUUCAUCGCCCGCUGAGUUGUAUCUUUGCUGCUUUUGCUAUGGUUUUAGAAGUUUGGGCAUUUCUUCCAAGCAAAACUUGUGAAUUCUUACAAUGUACGCCGUUUUCUACGAAAACAACUGAAUUAAGGUAACCUCGUCACCAGGGUUUCUCGGCUACCCUCCCUUUUCCUAGCGAUUACUGAACUGUUGUCAUUUAACCGGAUAUCGCAAACGUCUUUUGGUCAACGCUGUAUGGUCAUGAAACAUUAGUCUCGGUUGAUGGUAUACUUUUUGUUGACAAAGUAUUUUUCUGAAAAGCAAAGCAUUCGGUCACAUCCGACAAUGUUCGAAAAAUCUUUGCCCGCCUGCCACAAAAUCCUAAAUCGUAACUGCGUGCACAGUCAUACAUGAUGACUGAACACGGAUGAAAUUGCCGAUGACAAUCACUUUGAAUCUGAAGAUUUGCAUAGUACGUACAGUUUAAGGAAAUCUAAAUAAAGACAAAUUACAGUGUAAUAUAAUUAUGACUGGAAACAACAACAACAAAAUGUGUCAAACAUAUUUAGCAUCGCUGAAUGGCCUUUAACCCUUUAAAUCCUAAUAGUGACCAAGAUCAGUUUUCUCCUAACAAUAUCCAUACACUGUCAAGAGAUAAGUUAUGAGAAUUAAUAAAAUGAUCACCCAAGAGAGAAUGCCUUGAUCUAUUAUCAAAUUCUCUUAACUAAUUCUUUAAGGAAAUGUAUGAAGAUCAGUUUGGAGAAAUUGUAUGUGGAUAUUGGGGCUUAAAGGGUUAAAAAAACAUAACUUAUGCAUCAUUUGUUUUUGUCUGUUUUUCCAGAUUCUGACAUUCGCUUUUGUGUGUUGUCUUCACUUGAUGAGAGAUUUGAUGCUCAUCUCGCCCAGGCUGAGAACUUAUCAGCAUUGUUUGUGGCUCUUAAUGAUGAGGUAGAUUGGAAAUACCGUAAAAUUCCGAAAAUUAAAGCCCCUCCAUGUAUAAACCUCUCCAAAUAUAAGCCCCCCAAACCAGUAACGCAAAAAACCCUCCGUUAAAUCGCCCCUCCAAAUAUAAGCCCCCGGGGGUUUGUACUUGGAAAAUUACCCUCAAGUACAAAGUAAAACAAAGCAAAAACGUUAAAUUUACCUUCAACUAUAAGGCUAGCCCAAUCGAUUUUGAAACGCAAAUUUCCCUCCGUAGAUAAGCCGCUCCGAAAAUAAGCCCCUCCAAAAAUGAGCCCCUUAAAAAGGGCCUUAGAAAAAUAUAAGCCCUGGGGCUUAUUUUCGGAAUUUUACGGUAUUUGUACAUCAAAGAAAUUUUCACAAAGACGAUUUUUUGGUAUUUUAUUUAAGUUUUUUUUUUUGCAAGUACAAAAACAACAUAACUGUUUUGUAUUGUUGUCCAUCAACAGGAGUUUGAGAUUCGUGAGCUUGCAAUCUGUACUAUUGGUAGACUAAGCGGUUUGAAUCCAGCAUACAUCAUGCCAUCACUGAGGAAAACGCUUAUUCAGGUACAUGUCUUAUUAUGUAAUCAUAUAUAGUUAUGGACGAUUCAGCAAGUUAACUGUUUAUUCCACCAGUUUAGACCUAACAAGCUUGUCCAAUAAAGGAUUUUUUUAAUGACCAGGAGCACUUUCUGUAUGAUACUAAUCAGUGCAAUUAAUGUUCAUUUUUUUUUUAACUUUUUUUAUUUGUAUUUUUUCCAGGACGCACCUUUUAUAAUUGAGCAUUCCUUAAAGGGUUGUUAUUUUGAUUGUCGUUUUAUUUGUUGUUAGAUACUGACGGAGCUGGAGUACAGUGGAGUGGGUCGUAACAAAGAGCAAAGUGCCCGGAUGUUGGGUCAUCUUGUGUCCAAUGCACCAAGGUUGAUUAGGCCUUACAUGGAACCAAUCCUUAAGGUCAGUUAUAGUAUGGCAGUUUAUCUCUAUAUAACCUGUUGUUUUAUUCCAGGGUCUGUCAAUUGUUACAUUUUUUUGCGUAGCUAUAUCUUCGCUCGCUUCAGACGCACCAGUUUGGAACAUGGUGGGUUUACUAAUUUUACGGUACUCUUUCCAGCAGCGUCAUUGAUCACUAGCUGGUCGUAGCAAGUCUUCCUUUCUUAGCUUUGUAGGAUUGUAUAAUUUUUAACUUACCUUUUAGCACUAUAUGUACGAGUUACACCAUGGCUGUAACAACAAAAUAACCACCUUUCCAGUAGGCAUCUCUCUCAUCAGGGGAGCUUAAGCAACGACGACGGCGACGGCAACAAGAACGGCAAAAAAGCAAUAGGUUUAGAUUAGCAAGACAACAACUUUGCACGUGCAUCACGCUUUUUUGUACAUUUCUUUGCCGUCGCUGCACGAGUACAGCGUGAAAGUACCUAAAUUCACGUUUUGUCGAGGUUGGGAACACAAGACAACAACUUUCUUUUUAUUUUCCUGAACUGUGAUACAGUCCCUUACAAUUCAACACCAAAGACCUUUGCCAACAUUUGACCAAUUGAACGCGUCAGAAUAAGCGCGAUGAAGUUUGAAGUAGCGCGAAUUCACUUUUUUAAGUCACGUUUUUGUAGCAGUCGCUGUCGGCGAAUCUGCACCGAGUCAAAGUCUAGUAUUUUCUUUUGAGGAAAUCUGUGCCUAAUGUAACGAUAUCAACAGCCCUAACCUUGAUAAAGAAGAUGAAAAAUUUUGAAGCCCUCCAGGUGUACUGAAGAGGCAUGGUAUAUUGCUAAUAUAACUAUGAUAAACAUUGUUAUAUUUUCCAGGCACUGAUCCCCAAAUUGAGAGACCAGGAUCCCAAUGUAGUUAUCAGUGUGUUGGCAGCAAUCGGGGAGCACGCCCAGGUUAGUACAAUCAUCACAAAGUAGCCUUCCUUCCCAGUGGUGCAAGUGAGAAUCUUCUGAGAGGUUGAUGGGGUGAUUUUUUCACUAUAAGCCAACGAAUCCUCUACGUGGUCGAAACUAUCCAUGGAAUUUUUUUGGACGCAUCCUUUGAGAUUUCCACGAGUUAAGCUCACAACUAAAAAUUGCAUAAACAUGACAUAUGUUCAUUUCUCUUCCAAUCAGGUCAGCGGGACAGAGAUGAGUAAAUGGUUAAAUGAGCUGUGUCCUAUUAUUUUGGAUAUGUUGCAAGAUGCAUCGCUUAUCGCCAAGCGAGAGGUAAGUGGGCUGCUCCCAGUUACGACCCACUCAACUGUACGCAAGCUCGGUCUAUAAAAACAAACCGUUUCACCCGCCCCCAAACUACGCCUGUACUGUAGGCUGUGGCAUGGGUCGAGGACCCGGGGGAUGGUACUCAACAAAUGUUUAUACGGGGAGGCUAAGCUCACACUGGCUAGGACCAACCCAUUACCCUUUUAUAUACCAUUUUUCAAGAAAAAGGUACAGUGUACCUCUUUCGUAUAUCUUCUAUUGACAAAUGGUACCCCGUUAUACAUACCUUGUUUAGAACUUUGCACCCUUUUCAACUGCUGUAAAUGCACUGCAAUCAAUCACAAAGAUAGAACGAUUCCUCGACUUUAUAAAGCCAUAAAUUUCAUCUGUUAGAACUUUUGGGACCUUUCACAGACUCAAAUGACAGGUUUCCUACCCUUUUGUAUACUUAACUAGUGAAAUCCCUACCCGUUCAUAUACAUGAAGCCUGAAGCCUCCCCGUAUGGGCCAUCAUACGGAAUACCCCCCCCCCCCUCUCCCAGGGUCGUGGACGAAGAGUGCUCCCUGGUGCGUCAUUUUGAAGAUGCGAUAAUCAGCUUGCUGACUAUUUCUAAGUGCCUUCUUAAUUUUAAUAUAAUCUGAUUUUGUGUUUCACCACCAGAUUGCCCUUUGGACCCUUGGUCAGCUUGUUGAAAGCACUGGGUUAGUUUUAAUUGUAAAGAUUUCGCAGUGCGCACUAAACGAAUUAAGGUUGUAUGCGGCCCCUGUUCUAAGAAGACCUCUUUGUUUGCCUGAUACGGAUAUUUGUGCGAAUGUGGUUGAUUUUUCUCAAAUCUCAAUCUAAGAUUUGGAUGUUUUUCCCCAAUUAAUAAAUUUUGGCGAAAAUUUGUUCCUUUUAUGAUUAUACUCGAUUUUUCUCUUUAAUCGUAAAAACCUAAGCCUUGCGAAUUUUCCUCUGGUAUUUUUGCACUAUAAUUUGAUUGCGAAAAAAUUAGAAUAAGGUGUACUUUGAAAUUUAUCAUUCGUAUUUUAUUGAUUUUAUUACAGAUACGUUGUAGAACCUUACAGGAAAUACCCAAAUCUUUUAGAAGUCCUGCUGAAUUUUCUGAAGACGGAACAAGCACCAGGAAUAAGAAGAGAGGUAACUGUUGUCGGAUCAUUAUACACAGGGAUCGCCUAAGCCAACAUUUUGCCUUAAGUGAGAAGUAAGUGUUAAUGAUGGCUUAGGGGAAGGGGUAGGUUGGCAGUGUCCCAGGAACUUAAAAUGAUCCCUGUCAACUCACUAAACAGAUCGCAUAACAUCUGAAGAUGCAUUGUACCAAUGAACAGCACCAGACGUUUGGAUACCUCUCGGGACCAGUGAUUUAUGAGCCAUGGGUCUCGAAGCUUCUACCGUAUUUAGAACCACAAGUAUUACUGGGGGAUUUUGUGCCACUUUUUGUAUCUUGGGUGUUUUAGAGAUGUAGUCGCAUGUUAUCCAAAGACGAUUAAUUUUAGGCCUUAAUUGCGUGGAAAACCUUUUUCAAUUGACCCUUUCAACCCAAUCACGUCAGUUACUGGGUCUGAAUCUUACUUAACCCUUUGAAUCUCAUAGGUGGUGAAAGUCUACAUAAUGUUAGACAAAAAUGUCAAAUUUCGUUUUGUAAAGUGCCGAAAAACGAAUAGUGCUAUGCAAGUGGCCCGCCUAAGAGGUUUUAUUUAAAUAGUCACACCAUAGGAUCUCAUCCGCAGAGUCAAAAGUUAGAACCUUUCUUUCAUUAUACAAGACUCCGUGAUUCACUAAGGGGCACCCAGCGACCGAAUGUUUCCAAAUACGCCAAGAUGGUUUUCUCUAUGCUUUAGAAGCCUGUUUGGUUAAUUUGGAGUUGCCCUAAAAACUAUUUAUCUGUUCGGAUGUCUUAGAGGAACUUUGUUCGUCACGAAAGUUUUAGGUGGGUGUUUCGUUUCAUUCGAAAGUGUUAGCUACCUUUAUGUGUCUGGUCGAAAGUUCGAAGACAUGAAGUAGCCUUGCUUUCAUCAGAAAAUUAUAGGGGACGUUUUGUCUGUAUACCGAAAGUUUUAGGAGACCUUUUUUUAACAAUAGUCGCAAUAUCUUGGUUUUAAAAUGUGAAUAACAACUUCCGAAAAUCGUAGUUAAGCUAUUAGAAAACCUUCGCAAUCCCACCUUAGUCACUAUCUGUUUAUGUAUCUACCUUAUAAAGCCUUUUAACUUGGUUAUCCUGAAAUGAACUAACACAUUUGUUAAACUUAAUGUGGCUUAAAUCUUUCUAUUUCUAAAUCCCUACAUACCUGAUUUUCUGACCCUUAAGACCCUGAAACUGUGCGACCCAAUUAGUAACUUUUAUAAAAAUGCAACCCCAUUGUAGUCAAUCCAGUCGUAAAAAUGCGAACCCGUCCAGUGGCUCAUACCCAUUAACUUACUACUAGGAACUACGCUAGGAAGUACGUGUACCCCCCCACUCCCCCGCCCCGGGGGCUUUCCUUAUUCAGCAUUAGUGGAAGUUUCUUCAUACUGUAGAGAAACUGUAGGCCGACUUUAAUUAAGUCUGACUUGUCAUAACCUAGGCCAUUAGAGUGCUUGGACUUCUUGGGGCGUUAGAUCCUUAUAAACACAAACUGAAUCAGACAGGAGGGAUGCUCGUGGACGGUGACUCAGCAGCAAUUAGUAAAGACAUUACGGACAACGAUGCAGGUUAAAAUAUUGCAUUUCUAUUUUUUUCCUUUUCACGUGAUGUUCAUUACGUUAUGUUCUUUGUCAAGUCCACCGUAAUCUACUUUUCGAGUUGAUAACAUGUUAUUUUGCGCUCUAUUCAAACCACCCAAAAUGUAAUGCAUAUCUUCUAAUAACCUCGCUUUCUUAGUCCGUAAAGAAGUUCGAGGUCAUCAAUCUUGGUUAUGGGUCCUCGUUCUUAUUGUUGUCAUUGGGGUUAUUUGUUUUUGUUGUUUAUUUUGUUUUGUUUUGUUUGGGUUCUAUCUUGCCUGCGUUGAUCCCCAAGGAACAAAACAAACAAGCAAACGGAUACAAAACGUUGGCACGCCACUUAAAGUAGUCGUGUUCAGACCUCGAAAUUGGCGAAAACGAGUACUGUGCACCAUACAACCUCUCUACAAACGGCCACCUUGGUGACACAAGAAAGUGGCCAUUGUAGAGAGGUUGAAACAAGAGUCAAUGUGUGGACUGUCUGCCAAAAAAAAUGGCUGUUAUGGAUAGGUGGCCGUUAGUGGAGGCUCGACUGUAGGACAUAAUUGUUACACCGUUAUUGGUUUAUCAGUUCUUGUUGUUUUUGGGCAUGUGUACUGUAGUUGCAAAGUACAAAUUAUGAUGCAAAAUUGCUUGCAAGGGCAAAUAAGUUAUCUUACCAUCAAGUACAUAUACUUGCACUUGCAGUUGACACGAACACAAGCGAGAUGUUAGUUACUAUGGGCAGUGUUCAGUUAGAGGAGUUUUACCCUGCUGUUGCGGUAUCAGCACUUAUGAGAAUUGUCAGGGAUCCGUCUCUCUCAAGUCAUCACACUAUGGUUAUACAGGUACAUAAGUCCUGGUUUGCCCUUGUUUGCAUAACCGCAUCUCGUUGUUUUGCCUAGGGGUAAGGCAAUUGGUCAAUUGUCACUACCUCCUUUAGAAUGUCAUCAGACAUUUCCAUUGUGUAUACCUUGCCAUUUAUGAGGGCUCCGUAAACGAGUUUCCGGAAAUGCGGCCUAGCUUGUAGAGAUCGGAUUAACUUAUUAGGACGAAGGAAAUCUGCGGAAGCUUUUCAUGAAGUCUUCUUCUUAUUCGGUAGGCUGCAUGCAAAUGGACGCAACAACUCCCAACAUUGUUGCGCCAACAACAUUGGGAGUUGUUGCGUCCGUGUUGGUAGUGGUGUGCAAACGGAUGCAACAUGUAACAUCCAACAAUGUUGGGAGUUGUUGGUAAACAACGUUGCGCCCGUUUGAACGGAGCCUUAGAGUACUGUGGCUAUCCAGUUGAGAUACACCGUUUUGAAUUUGUUUUUUGGGCGGUCUGCGCAUGGGCAGAUGGCAAAAUCACUUACCAAAAAAUGUAAUUCAACUAGAUUCGUCAGUUCUGUGUGAACAUUAGAAAAUAUUAAAAAUGUUCCGACUUUUUUACUUGGUGUUCAAGUGUAGUGCACUAAACGAAGCCUUGGUUAUGGUAACUAUUUGUGAGGAUAUAUACUCCACUGUUCAGUAUGCGUAUAAAUUGAUGCCAGUUUACCUAACCUAAGAUAACAUGUUUUUACUUUGUCAUUUUCUCCUUUACAGGCAGUAACAUUCAUCUUCAAAAGUUUAGGAAUGAAAUGCGUGACUUAUCUGCCUCAGGUAUUUCUGCGUUCAUACAGAUGUGUACCCGUUUGUUCUUAAGAACUGUUUUAUCCCGCAGUUCCUUGAAAGGUGCUAACUCUUUAUGUUCUUGUAACUUUUAGAUCAUGCCUUCGUUCCUAAAUGUCAUCAGAACCUGUGAUUCCUCAUUCAGAGAGGUGCGUCAACAUUUCAUGUUCUCCUUUCAUGUUUGUGGUACUUUUACAGGUUUUUGUUGUUGUUGUUGUGGUGGCUUAGAUAGUUGCAGAUGCCCGCAGUUGUUGUAUAGCUACUCUUAUACAGUGUUUCUAGGGAAGCAGUUACACUAUUUUUAUUGUCGGUCCUAUUCUUUUGUAUCAAGGUACAGAUUAGGGGUUUCGGGUAACAAGUCAUCUUCACGUUUUUGGCUGCUUGCUUAGCGUUCACGUGCAUAGAAGUUUCACUGCUAGCAAAUGACAUCCAGAGACCUGGAGGUUGGAAUUUGUGGAAGUGAAUAUAUAAUUUUGUAGUUAUUUAUAAAAAUCAGCCAUGUUUUGUGUUUUCAUAUUCCUUUUCAGUUUGUACUUCAGCAGCUUGGAGUUUUGAUUUCCAUUGUAAAGCAGCACAUCAGAAAUUAUCUGGACGAAAUUUUUGGUUUGAUUAAGGUGAGACUUUGUACUUUGUUGUCCAGCACACUCAAACAUCCCUAUUGCCUUGUAAAUUCGACGCAAAGAACGGCAAUAGGACUGAAAGGGUUAAUAAUAAUGCCACUGGAUGAAACUAGUAUUAACCCUUUCACUGCCAAAUGUGGCCAAAGCAAAUUUCGUUUUCUAACAUUUGGCAAACAAAUAGCGUCGUGUGAAAGUAUAGGCAGAGAGCUUUCAUUUGAAUGGUCACAUCAUAGGAUUUCGUCAGCAGACUCAAAAGUUAGAGUCGCCGUACAAAACUCCAUCAAGUACUCUGGCCGUGAAGGGGGUUAAUACUCCUCACUCUUGUUGUUUUCUUAGGAUUACUGGAUUCUAAACAGCCCAAUGCAGACAACGAUAAUUUUGUUGGUGGAGCAAAUCGUGACUGCACUUGGUGGAGAAUUUAAGGUAAUUCGCUUAACGUUCCAGUUCCAGUUUACUGCGUUUUUCAAAAAACACGCGAACUCUGAAGCUCAGAAGCCAAUUGACGUUCGCGUUUUUCGCUGCCGACAAUCAUCUUAGCGGACCUCUUAGGAAACAGAACUUUACUUAAGUGUCUUUUUCCCCUUUUAAUACUCUUGACCCCUUGAAUUAAUGGUUUAAUUAUAUUUGAAAUUGCCUUUGUCUUUUGCGUUAACUUGAAGUGCUUGUCAUUGGCUUUCGAUGGCCAGCAUGGGAACAGACUGCAACUUGAACAAAAGGGGCUAUCCUUUUCAAGUUAAAUCCCUGUGUUGUCGAAAAAUGACUAAAAAACGAUCCCUGCUUUGUUUUCCCUUGAUAGAAUCAUUUGACAACUUCCUUUCAUAGUUCCAAGUAUUAGAAUGAAAAUCUUUAAUUUCUUCUCAGAUUUGACAAAAGUAAUGUGGAACUUGCCAUGACAUUACCCCUUUAAACGCAAUGCUCCCUUGUUUAACUGAUAAUGCUUGUAACAGUUUUGCUCCAGUGGAGUGAUUCAGCAGCUAGUGUCUUAUAUUUGUUGUUGCGCUUUUUGUUAGAUUUACCUUCCUCAGAUCAUUCCUCAAAUUCUCAAAGUGUUUAUGCACGACAACAGUGAGCAAAGAAGUGUAACAACAAAGGUAAAUAUCACAAUUUUUAUAUUUUCCCGGCUCUGAUAUGCACCGAGUAUUUAUUUGUUAGCUAGUUGCUUAUUUUUUUUGGGUAUUUUAUUUUGGACAGAUUUUGUCCUCAAAUGAAUUAAUAGAGACAAUUCUAUCUAAGGGUCUUUUUGCAUGGAAGGAAGGAGAUAGUCAUCAGUCUAUCAGUUUCAGGUUGAAAAUUUCUCAAAGUAGAAAAUAGACACAAAAAACAGCUCAAAACAAUUCUUAUGGAUUGAACAGACGUAAAAAUACUUAUUUUUUGUAGAAGUAAUGAAGAUUAAACGUUUGCGGUUUGCCGUAAACGUCCCUCUUAAUCUCUCUACUGUUUAAGUUCUUUGCCCCGUUUAAUACUUUUGACAUGUUGAAAGGUUGAUUAAAGGGCGUCUUUAUAAAUGUCCUCUCCUUUGUUAUUUUUCAGCUGCUGAAUGCUCUACAGAUGUUCGGCUCGAGUCUUGAUGAUUACCUUCAUCUGCUGGUACCGCCUGUUGUAAAACUAUUUGACUCUCCUGACAUCCCAAUCACUGUUAGAAGGUCAGACUAACAGUUUACUAUGAUCAGUGUUGACCCUCGCAUGUAUUGCUUUCUGGCUAUUACAGUGUUGCACAAGAAACUGGGUCAAAACUUCUCCCCCAAAACAAUACCGUAGUGCAGUUCGACGCAAACCGACCCAGUCUGUCGCACAACCUUAAAAUGAGCAUUUGAAUAUCAGGAUAGAAUGAGUGUCCCAUUCAGUCUCUCCGAGGUCGUUUGUUACUUCUUUCCCGGCCAAUUUUUUUGAGCGCGCAAGUGAAGCGAGCUUGCGCCUAGCGGCAAAUAAAUCUCCAUGUGGUUGUUUUUUUCAUUUGCGCGCUCGACGAUUUCUUAAAAAAAAAAAAAUAAAAUAAAAAAAAAAUAGUAAUAAUAGAAACUAAAGGGUCGACAGACAGGCUGUGGUCCAUUAGCAGUCGGUCUUUGCUCACAGGGAAAACGUAUGCGUAUUUAAGCGACGUUUGCUGUUCGCUGACUAAGCUAAGGAAAUGAGUUCAGAGUCUGUGAGCCAUCUUUCGGUUUUUGUUUGGAAACUGAUGAAAUACAUGCCUUUUAAAAAUGAACCUUCGAGCCCUGGGCUGUUUAAACUUGAAACUUGAAUCUCUAAUCUACAAUCGGCGACAAAAUUGUUGAGACAUUGUACUUAAAUAGGGUGACUUCAGAGAACAAAAGAAUCCGCACCCCUCCCCUGUCCCCUCCAUUCAAAGUUGGGGUGUUUGUUGUUUUCUAUAGGUAGCUAGAACAAGGGCACAACAUUGCACGGAGGGGAUGGGGGAGGAAAGCUAUAUUUCCUCCUUUUGAAGUUCAUAAAACGUUAAAAAGCCCACUUUUGGGCGAAGUGUCUCAACUCAUUUUGUCGCCGAUUGUCUGAACGGAAAUCUUCGCGCUGUUGUUCUAUUACCACCGGUUAGGAGACGGUAACUAGUUGAGAUUACUAUAUUCACCGGGUCGUUUUUCAGAAGAUAGAUAAGAUACCCAUAUAAUCCGUUUCCUGUGUUUUUCGAGGGAAAAUUAGUUUUGACAAUCUUUGUACUCGGUAGUGAUUUCAAGUAAUUACGCAGCAUACCCACGUACAGAAUGAUUGAUUUUCCUCUGGUAACUAAGUGUGAUCGGUAGGAAACGAUGCCAGAUAAGAUAUUGUAUUUGAAUAUAUCCCUAGUAAGUUGGAAGUGUUUCUUCGAAGUUUGGCUAUUUGAUAAGGGUGGGAUGGACGAUAAAAUAGCCAUGAUUGCUAUGCGCAGGAGAAUGUUCAGGAAAAAUGUUCCAACUUCUAAUGCACAGCAAAGCUGCAUAGCAUCGCUAAAUCUGUGCAGCAGAUUCGUUGCCCAUAUACCCAUAAGAGUCUUCGAAGAAUGUACUUUACAGUCGAAACUAUGAGGUCAGGAGGAGACUGGCCACGAGUAACCACGAGUAACCAACUUUGUUCUUAAAAGAUAAUUAGAUUAUUAAAUUUUUUUACUCAUCGUGGUUACUCGUGGUUACUCGUGGAAAUUCCUCCUAAAGAGCAAUUUUAGCCAUUAUAACUACUUUAAUGCCUAGAAAUCUAUUAAGUUUUCUAUGCUUUUCACUUUGUUCUUUGUUUCGAUGCGUUUCGAUAAAGGAAAGAAUAAGAAAUCGUGCCCGACGCGCCACGUCGCACGAUGUCAAGGCACUGUUAAGCGCGACAUGAAAUGUCACGCACUGAAAAUAACGAAAUCGCCUUAUUCUAAUUGUUCUAAAAUAGAUAUGAUGAAGUCAAACAUAACAAAUAAAAAGCCACCAGGGGUCUUACAUCCCAGCAUAAAAAAAAUGAAUUCAAUUAACUUUCUAAAGGAAGUACGGCCACUUUUGAGAUUCAGACAAUCGGCGACAAAAUUGUUGAGACAUUGUACUUAAAUAGGAUGACUUCUGAGAACAAAAGAAUCCGCACCCCUCCCCUGUCCCCUCCAUUCAAAGUUGGGGUGUUUGUUGUUUUCUAUAGGUAGCUAGAACAAGGGCACAACAUUGCAUGGAGGGGAUGGGGGAGGAAAGCUAUAUUUCCUCCUUUUGAAGUUCAUAAAACGUUAAAAAGCCCACUUUUGGGCGAAGUGUCUCAACUCAUUUUGUCGCCGAUUGUAGCUAGUGUUCUGUUAAAGUUUUAACUAGUUAGAGAGGUGUAGCUUAGUUAUGUAAUGUUAGAUGCAAGUAAUGUUCCUUUCAGAUGUGCCCUGGAGACCUUGGAUCGCCUCAGUGAGUCUCUUGAUCUGACUGACUUUGCAUCAAGAAUUAUUCAUCCUAUAAUCAGAACCCUGGACUCUUGCCCUGAGCUUCGCUCUACAGCAAUGGAUACCCUGUGCUCUUUAGUGUUUCAGUUGGGAAAACAGUAUUCACCUUUUAUCCCUACAGUUAACAAGGUAAAAUCAAAAUAAAAGCACGGGUAAGGGUAGUAUGCUUCCAGAUAAACUGUCCGUGUUCUUUCCCCGUUCUUCAUGUCUUUAGAACAAGAAUGUCAUUCUUACCUUCCUUAUUUGACAUUCAUUUUGGUAACGAAAAAAACAAACAAAUGUUGGUUGAUUUUUAAGACAUGGCGGAAAACCAUGGACAGAAAAUCAUCUUGUAGCCCUCCCAGACGUUUGGCGGGAAACAGCUGUAUUGUCGAAUACAGGUGGCCUCUAAGUAGCCAAUGAGAGUGCGCGCUUUCGGGGAAGAUAUUCCAUCUAUAUGGCCGUUAAAAAUUGCAUGCGAAGGGAGACGUAUUUCCGGUGAGUGCUAACUUCCGGAAACCAUCAAACCAAAGAAAGAGAAAUGAGCUUUUAUGACAUAGUGGGGGUUUUAUAUGCCUUGUGACUUCAAAUCUGAUAGUAGUGCUUUACUAAUCUUCUCAUUGUGUUUGUAGGUGACAGUUAAACAUCGUAUUCAACACCAGCGUUACGACAUUUUAAUUUGCAAGAUUGUCAAGGUUUGUACAGAUUUACUGACUAUAAACAAAACAGAAAGAUUAACAUUUGAAGAUAGAGGAUUUCCAAGUGGCCUUUGCCUCUUUUUCAAUUGUUGUGAUGCCCUACCCUGGGUUUCAGAGACUUCUGAUGUGCGGUUUCGGUCCGGUUUCUAGUGACUAGCGUGAAAAGGAAGCUUUUUUCUCGCUGCCUUAGCUAAAUCUUUCGGCCGGCCGAAGCAUCCCGCCGCACGCGAGAAAAAUACCUCUGGUACCCAGUAGGUGGUGGUCUUCCUUUAGUCAGUAUGGAAAUACGUUUUUAUUCACACGCGCAAAUUUAACUCAUUGUCAUAUGGACAGUUGACACCCGGCCUCUCUCCUGCAGCGGGCAAAAUGGUAGGAAGUAAAGAGACCUCUGCCGGCCCCGCCAUGCGUUUCCGUUUACGCAUGCACUGGCGUUUCCUUAACAGACAGUAACAUUUCAGUCAAGUGCGACACAACUUACAGAACCGGUUUGCGCGAUAAUAACAUUGGGCUCAGAAAUACCCAGCUUAAGUCUUAACGGGGCAUGCGCAUUACAUAUUAGACGAAACUGGUUAUGAAAACCAGUCAGUUUCGACCCCAAAUAUGGUCGGCGACUAAAUAAAAGAACGCUUCGGAGGCCGGCAGAGUUCUGUCUCCUUCCUUCCAUUUUUCUCUUGCCGUGGGAGACCUCUUCUAGCAGAGAAAUACAGAGCCUUAAAGCAACUCGAAAUUGGGGUAUUGCCAAACUGUAGGAUUAACCUGGCCUUUCUUGCCUCCAUCUAGAGCCCAUUUUUGUUAGAUUGGGAGAAUGAGGUGUUAGCUCGACGCCAAAAAGCUGGUCGAGGCAACUUGGCAGAUGACUCCGCCACGAAUGCUGCGAUAGAAGCUGCGAGCAUAAAGAAACUGACUUUUAAAGCAGACAGCCUUCAAAGAGUAAGAAAUAGAAUCACUCAUCUCGGCCUUUUGUGCCUUCGUCAAUACCUGUUCCCACAUCUCAGCCUCCGUCCUUAAACCUCUUUGAAUUUUUCCUGUGGUGUGAUAUUUUUCUGAAACCAAACGUAUCUCUAGCCUAAGAAACCAGCCGACAUUUUGCGACGCUACCACUGGUUUCCCCGCGAAAUGACGAACGCAGAAAUUCUAUACUGAUGACGUGUCACUACCCAGAUCUGGGUGAUCUUCUGAUAGGUUGAAAAUCCACUUCAUCCAAUCAGAAGCUCUACCCAGACCUGUGUAGCGACGCGUCAUCAGUAUGGAAUUUCUGCAGCCGCUUUUCAGACGUCAUUUUUUUGUUGAAACCUGUUCUGACGUUGCGAAAUGUUGGCUUUUCCCUCACGUCAGCUUAAGCUUCUUUGAGCGGCCUUCUUGGAAUACGUCAUUUUGAUAACGAAAAGCCACUUCUUUUUUGUAGGAAAAAAAGUUCCAAACUGAUGGUAGUCUUUUUUCCGUUGUCAUAGGCGUGGGGUGCUGCCAGGUGUGUGUCCAAAGAGGACUGGAUGGAAUGGCUUCGAAGACUGAGCGUUGAGCUGCUAAAAGAGUCACCAUCUCCUGCCUUGAGAUCUUGCUGGGCCACAGCACAGUCGUACCCACCCCUCGCAAGGUUGUACAAUAGCAAGAAAUGAAAUAUGCCACUGUAUAAUUACAGUUACGCUUUGGUUUCCGUUACGGUAUACUGUUACCCCUUUUCACGACCAGGUGGAGUCUUUUAAGGUUGUUGCAUAGCUUUUGAGUCUGUGGAUGAGAUCUUAUGGUGUGACCAUUCAAAUGAAACCUCUUUAGCGGUGCUUUUAGUUGGUACUAUUUGCUGCAAAAUAAAAUGUGGAAAAUUUGAUUUUAAGAACUUUUGGUAGCGAAAGACGUGAUAGUGCUUGCGUACUUAUUGCAGUUGGAGACCUUGUAAGCGGCCAAUCUCCAUCAGCUUACAGAGCAAUACUUGCGUUUAUUACAGAAAAUGUGUACUUUGAGGCGGAUGGUCUGUACUUGCAUAAAGGAUAACAAAAGACCAAUUUUUAAUAUAUUUAAAUUCGAACUUGGCGGGGCGACGUAAAGGGACAAGACAAAAGUAAUCGUCUUGAGUAAUACACUUUUUUUUGUUUUAUUCCUCCAAGUAUCGGAGCCAGUAUAAGUUUUAAUCGAACUUAUUCUACUGGAUUUUAAUUAAAUGUUCUAAUGUCUUCUUCUUAUCUUGCAUCCUUUAGAGACCUGUUCAAUGUUGCCUUUGUUUCAUGUUGGUCAGAACUUCACGAAGAACUUCAAAAUGAGUUGGUGAAGCAUUUGGAAAUGGCUUUGGAGUCUCAGAUCCCAGAGAUCACUCAAACGCUUCUCAAUCUUGCAGAGUUCAUGGAACAUACAGAAAAGGUACUCCAUUAUCUUUUGUGGCCACUAGGAUGGGCGUUUAAGGCCCCUUUACACGGAACCGUGCAAAUUCUAUUGAAGAUUGCAGUACUGCUUACCGUACAAAAAGUUGCUCGGUUCCGCGAGUACUGUGUGAACGAAUGAAUUAACGAAAGGUGAAACCGGGCAAAUUUUUGUCCGUUCAAAAAUUUGUCCGGACCCUUGUAAAUUGAGUCUUAGUUCAACUAAAUUUGACAUAUUGAAACUCAAUUGCUAGCCUUUGCAGCAGGCGGCUUUAGGUGCGCCUGCGCCCAACUCCAAGAUUCCGUUUUUUGGCGACAGUGCCGUGUGGGGUAUUAGUAAAGCUACUUUUUAUAACACGCGGCUUCGCCGCUCGAUUUGCCCAUCGGCUACCCCACCUAGAACGCGCGUACCCUGAUCCUACCAGCUUCGUUGGCUUCUCAGUAACCUUUCCAAAGAGAUCCACGUCUUGUGCUUUUUUGUGCAGCAAAAAUCAAGAAAAGUAAACUUACUGAUAUAAAAGGGUAGUAUACACCGCGAAGUGCUGAACACUUGCCUCCCGCCAAUGUGCGCGGGAUUCAAGUCUCGGCGUCGACUCCAUAUGUACGUUGAGCUUCUUCCUUUUCUUCUCUACCCCGCGAGUUUGUCUCCGGGUACUCCGCCCCCCCCCCUCUCCUUUGAACACAACAUUGCAAUUACCAUUUCGAUCUUGAAAGUGUCCCCAGUUUGUAGGGGACAUUAAUUUAUGUUUUCCCUUUUUCCUUUUUCUUCUCUAACAUGAACAAGGUUUUAGCAUAACUCUCUUGUCUCCAGUAUAUGUAGAACCUACUUACCUAUGUAAUUCAAUGGUUGCCUUUGCUGGUGUUCUAUACAAUGUAUAGUGCACCACAUACAAAUUCGCAUUCCCAUUCUUUUUUUGACGCACUCAAUCUGUAUUUUAUUUAAGGGAGCGCUGCCCCUGAACAAUGACCUUUUGGGUGAACAGGCCUCCAAAUGCCGAGCGUACGCCAAAGCACUGCAUUACAAAGAGGAAGAGUUCCACAGAGGACCGACUACUGAGACACUUGAAGCGCUUAUCAGGUAACCGUAUCGGGUAUAUUGUUUGUUUCGUUUGUUUUGUUUUUUGUUGUUUUUAUUUUGUUGUGUUUUGUUUUUGAACCAAUAACUGCAUAUUUCCUGCAUUCGGAGAAACUCUUUUCUUGGGCUUAUUGUUUCUCGUCAUUUCUUCAAGCAUAAACAACAAGCUGCAGCAGCCCAUGGCAGCUCAUGGAGUCUUGGUAUAUGCUAUGAAAAAUCAUGGAGCCGAUGUGGUGAGACAUUUGUUUAUCUUUUGAUGAUCAUAUGACCUGUAUGUUGUAUAACGAAAGGAACAUUCACGCCAACAGGUCAAAAGUUUUUCGCUCACACACCACUGGUAGCAAUGCCAAGCCCACCGCCGCAGCCUGACCUAAAUUAUUCCAAGUUCAUUAAAAAAAUGUACACUUAAAAUACCCCUAAAGAGGUGGGACUGUAACAAAAUUACAAAGUUGCAUAUUACAUUUAUACAGCCUACAAAACUGAAAUCUUAGGGUGGGUGGGUGGGAAGGUCAGUAUUGGCGGACGCAACAAAGCAACUGCCUGCCUUUCUGUCACAUGACCCAUACCCAGGCCCCCAGUGGCGCCUGUGAAUAACAUUUUCCACCUAUUUCGUUACACUCCAGUCAAUGGGAAAUUACCUUUCCUUGGUAAACAUUUGCACGUCGAUUGCGUGUGAGUCCAUCGUUACAAUCGUGGCGUUCCCUUUCUAAUGAGUUUAUUUCAGUAAAACCUCUUAUAUGUGGAAAAGUGUCCAUUUCAAUCGUUUUUUUUUUCGUCGCCAUGGCGAACGCCGCGAACAUCGACCUUCCAAUGUACAGACAGUCCAACUGCCUGACUGGCCAUUUUUCUCGCAAUUUUAGAAAAUCAAGGAACGUUGGUAUGAAAAACUGCACGACUGGGAACAGGCUCUGGAAGCUUACAACAAGAACCUUCUGCAAAAACCGGAAGACCUUAACCUCUCUCUGGGACGAAUGAGAUGCCUUGAGGCUCUAGGAGAAUGGUAAGUGGACAAUACAAAAAUAGACGUUACUGUAUACGCGGAUUCACCGUGACAUUUUUGCUCAUCAGCAUACGAAUUAACCAGUAGAAGAUGUAGCUUUAUAUACCAGUUGGGUUCAAUAAUUAAAAGAGCUGGUCAAUUUAAGCAGUUUGUGCAAGUUUCAGCUCUUUUUAGUUUGCAGCCAGUAACAAAGAAGAUAACAGCAACUGAUUACUAUAAAAUUAUUGGUUAGCAAAACGUUAAUGAGCUCAUACAUUCUUUGUAAAUUUUGGAGUUUUUCAAAGAGAAUUUCUCCGCAACCAUUUGGUAUGUCGCCCUCUAAUUUUCAAAGAUAACUGAAAUUGUUAUGCUGUUACAAUAUUCAGAAAUUUCAUUUUAUUAGCUUCAUUAGAUAAUGAUAAGCUUAUGCUAAUGAGGAAAAAAUGUAAACAAAGAUUCGCCUAUUGUGGCAGGAUUUUGUGACAAUUUUUACUGAAGAUGUGUUUACAAAGUAUACUAACGAAAGGAAGCACAUUCAUUGAGCUAGUGGGAACGCAUCGUCAGUUGUUAACUUAAGUAGAUAGUGCCGUAUCCUGAGUGCCAUUUGUCGCAAGUCGAAUUUGAGAAACGUUUCUCUCCGCCAAAAACACAAGUUCAAUACUUUUAAACGUCUGUUUAGAAGGCUUGGCCCUUUCAAUUCAAGGGUUGGUGCAUAAUAAUACGUAGGAGUAUUGUAUGGGGGUUCUAUCUAGAGUUUGAAUGUGUGAACGAUAUCCUUCGGUGUGAACUUUCAAAUGAAACCACUUUGGCAGUAUCGUUUCAUGGUGCCUUAAUUUCCUUAUCCUCCCGCACGUUAUGAAGCCGAAAUUGAGAGUUUUUGUUGAAUUGUGACUUUAGUAACUUCUGAAAUUGAAACGGUUAAUCUUAAAAGGAGAAGUCUCAUUUUAUUAAAGGUAUUUAUUUAUUGUUUUUAACAGGGGUGAACUUCACCAGGUUGCUGUUGACAAGUGGCCGGUAGUGAGUGAUGAUAAUAGACAGAGAAUGGCCAGAAUGGCUGCGGCCGCUGCUUGGGGAUUAGGUAAAAUGUUCUUAUAAGAACUUUACUAACUCUACCCUGAGAGUCUGUCCCUUUUCAAUUUCCAGGAGAUAAAGACGUUAAUAAUGACACAUGAAAGACCAGUUGUUCAAUAGAGGAUGACUUGAAGAUGCCAUAUUGCGUGAAAAUAGGCCAAUAAACAAAAUGGCCGCCAGCUUAGAUCCAACAUCUCUGGACGUCUGUGAUGUCAGAUGAAACAAGCGGAGAAGGCUGAGGUUACUGUAACCCACCGAACCCAUGAUGCGACUAAUGUGUCCAUAGCACCAGGAAAACGUCCUGUGCUCCUUCUGUGUUGUGAGUUCUUGGAUGAAUUCAUGUUCCAUUCCUUUUCCAUCAUAGGUAACUGGGACAGUAUGGAGGAGUACACUUGUAUGAUCCCACGUGAAACACAAGAAGGCGCUUUCUACCGAGCCGCCCUUGCUUUGCAUCAAAACCACUUCCAACAGGCGCAAGCGGUGAGUGUUAGUUGAGAUGGCAUUGCGUUGAAAAAUUGACCAAAGGCAAGCACUCUACAGGCGGAGCACCUUUCUUAAGAUACCGACGUAGGCAUAUUUGAAGUCCCGUACUUUAGCAGAGUAAAUCAGAACGUUCUUCUGUUAUAAUGCAUAAACCAUCCACAAAUAGAUGUUUAAUUAUUGUAUUUUGUAGUGUAUCGAUGCUGCACGUGAUGUGUUGGAUACAGAAUUAACAGCAAGAGCUGGCGAGAGUUACAAUCGAGCAUACGGGGUAUGAAAAAUUCAAGUAGGAUCCUUACACGUUUCUUGGAAUCUGCCCACCUACUCCUUCCCUAAGUCAACAUUUUGCCCUAAGUGAGAAGUAAGUGUUAAUGUUUGCUUAGGGGAGAGGUAGCCGGGCAGUUUCCCAGAAACGUGUAACGAUCCACAGAGGAUCCUUUUUUAGUUAUGACUUGCAGGGGUCCAAAAAUCUUGAAUUCCAGCUUGUCGUUUGGAUAAGCAGCCCUCACAAUUUGCUUUCCCAGGGCAAUUGCUUUCUUACUUGUUCAGCAAGAUGUCUGCUUGUUUUGGAAGACCGGUCGGGAAAUUUUUCACGGCUGCCUUGCUUUCUGUUGCGUUAGUUUCACUUUUUGAAGUUUUUGUAUAGUAAGGAGGAGUACAUUGGAAGGUACACACUUGUUGCCAUAUCACUGAAUGACGUCUUGAUAGAACGAAAAUGCUUAUAUUCAAAACCUUUGGUUAUUUGUUUAUUAAAAUGUAAUAAUGUUAAAAAUGAAUGAUAUUUUGUUUAGGAGUAGUUUGCAUAUAUCUUACGAAAAUGUCUUGCGUUCUUAUUUCAGGCUAUGGUUAGCGUACAGAUGUUAUCAGAACUCGAGGAGAUCAUUCAGUUUAAGCUUGUCCCAGAGCGCAGGGAAGCCAUCAAGAGAACAUGGUGGAACAGACUUCAGGUAAGAAGGAACGUCAAGUUUGUUGACGUUUGUCUCGAUGUGAAGAAAACUACUCCCCUACCCCUCCCAUCACCGGAAAUUUUGUUGUAACGUUGGUUUGAGGGUGAGAGUGGGGGGGGGACAUUACGUUAUGUGUCAAUAACCUAGAAAUUAGGGACUUCUAGAAGUGGUGAUUUACGCAUUGUUUAGGAGAUUUUUUUUUUUUUAUUUCCAAAGUAGCUUAACUUAUAUUCCUUUUUGAGAUUACUGUGGACGAUUGGCCUGACCUUAAGAAUAACGUUGCGUUUUCGAAUUUAUCCGCCGUAGUGCAAACAAUGCCUUCGUAUGUUUAUUGCCGGCUGUCGUUUCUAGUUUUCAAGAAAACUCUCCAAUCCUGAAGUUAAAAAAUUUGAAAACAAAUGCUACCGUGUCAAUAUACUGCUAAAGAGGUUUUCUAGGAUUGUAUAAAGCUAUAUGGCAUGUAUGCAACAAUGACCCUAGCAGGUGAAAAUGAGUAAUGGGAUACACAGCAUUUUAUGUCAGGAUAUAUUCUUGAAUGCCCUUUCCUCCGAAGUGCACCCGCUUCUAGCCAACUUCCUAAUCCUAGCAGCGCCGGUAUCCUUGUUCCGGGCUCUGACCGGACUCAGCGAACUACUGGAAAGCGUUUCGAACUUUCUUUCAACCUAAUUGGCAAAUAGACAGGACAGGACAAGGAUUUCGGCGCUGUUUCGUAGACGGACUUAACCGGAAGUUUUGGUUCCGUUUGUGGCGCAGGUCAACUCCUUCCCUGCGUUCGAACUUUGCGCGUGGUUGCACUAACAGUACACCGAAGAUGUGAUUACUGUAUUAAUGUUGGCACAUUUCUGUUUUAACGAAACAAUGAAAAUGCAAUGUGUCCUUGUUUAAUUUUGCACAGGGUUGUCAGCGUGUUGUGGAGGAUUGGCAAAAGAUCCUGCAAGUCCGCUCCCUGGUGCUCUCUCCACAGGAAGACAUGAAAUCAUGGCUAAAGUACGCUAGUCUUUGCCGUAAGAGCGGUCGACUCGCGCUUAGUCACAAGACACUAGUCACCCUGUUGGGAACAGAUCCAUCAAAACAGGCAGACCAACCUUUACCAACCACGUAUCCACAAGUAACGUUUGCUUACAUGAAGCACAUGUGGAAUGAAAACAAGAAGGUAUGGGAAGAUCGCCUGUACUGUUGCAGCCUGUGAAUCUUGAGCCUUAAAAGGAAUCGUUCCAACAGCGUUUAAUCGUUUUAUUUUCCUUUCAGUAAAGUUAGGUGGUGUGUGCCCGCGCUAUUUAAAGAUCCGCGCGCUUUAUUUACUUAUUUAAUUGACAUGUGCAUGUAUGUCGUUAUUUAGCGCAUUUCAUUUUAUUUGGGUUGUUUACCUACUCGUGCACCUUGUGAGUAACUCAUGAUAGAGUCCUUUAGAUACGAGGACGAGAACGACUACGAGUACGACAUUUGAUUUAAAGUUUUUUUGCGUAUUGUUAAAAAAUAAACACCCCGGAAUUUUUCAUUGGACUUUUUUUCACCAGGAAAGUAAUCACAGUUAUCGUUAUUGAAAGAGGUUAGGACCUCUCCCGAUUACAAAAUACUAAAACUUCUAACGUUUGAAAACUCGUUUCUGCCACUACGACAUUCUCGCUAAAACUCGUGGUGGAAUGACGACCUGGCAACCAUGUUUUCCCGCCAAAAUGACGCUGUCUCACGCGCGAGCACUACUUACCAUUGAGAAAAUCUCAUACUCGUAGUCGUUCUCGUCGUACAAUCUAAAGCUCGCUAUUCUGGGUGGCUCGUCCUAAAAUGUUCUGCAAUUAGUAUAGGAUUUAAUGGAGCCGAAACCAAUUGUGGAAUUGCACACAUUUUAGGCAUCCUGUUGAUGGACAGCUACGACUUUUAGAUAUUUCGAGCAACAACAAUUUGCCGUCUCCUUUCCGUUGUGUUUUUAGGAAGAAGCAUUCCAGCAUCUUCAACAUUUUGUACAAAACACGCUUCACCAGCAAGCUUUACAGUCGCUUUCUCCAACCGAUGACGGGCAAAAGAGAGAAGAACUACUCAAGCUAGUUGCUAGGUACGGUUGACAAGGAAAUCUGUCAUAGGGCAAUAAACACUCAAUGACUGGUCCUGAGGGAAACAGUUAAUUUUGUUUCCCGAGAACCUCAAUGUCCCCUUGGCGAGAUGUUAUAUAGCUGGAAAUUUUGAAGCUGGAAAUUUGCAUUAAACCUCGCUGUAACGGCGGUCGUCGUUUAACUUUCGCGGGUAACAGUGCACUGAGGUCAUAGAUUUGGUAAUAUUGCCCGCUCAUAGAUUUUUGUUGGCAACCGUGUCAUUAUUAGAUGCCGUGUGACCUCGAAGUAACCAAUGAGACCGCAAAAAAUUUUCCAGCUAUAUAACAAUGUUAAAUGUCUAAAAGUAAGUGUGGAGAAUGAUAGAAACUUGAUGGACUCGUUCUUGGGUUUAAUCUUAUACUUCGUUUAAAAGCUAUUGUAAUUUGUUUUGGGGUAUGGUAAUUUAUAGUUACAAUGAGUUGGAAACAAAGGAAGUGAACAUUUAAACCAGGGAUAACGUUGAACUCUAGACAUAAUUACUACAUCCGAUCUUAAUUAGUCUGACCGACUGGAUGGCUAACUGACUGAAUAACUGAUCGACUGACGGGCUGAUUAACAAACAGACUGACUGACUUACUGACUGACUGUCUGACUGACUGACUCACUAAUUAACUGACUGACUGAGUGGCUAAUUAACUGACUCAUUAAUUGUCUGAAUAACUAACUCAGUGAUUAACUGACCGAUUAACUGACUGACUGACUGAUUGACGAACUGACUGCCUCACUGACUGGCUGACUGGCUGACUGGCUGACUAACUGACUGACUGGCUGACUGAUUGGCUUACUAACUGACUCACUGGUUAACUAACUGACUGACUCACUGACUAACUGACUAACUGACUAACUGACUGACUGACUGACUGACUGAAUAACUGACUGACUGACUAACUUACUGACAAACUGAGUGGCUCAUUGAUUAGCUGAAUAAUCAACUAAUUAGAUGACUAACUGAUUGGCUAACUGACCGACUAACUGGCUAGAGCACUGCAGCGCUAACGCAGAGGCCAUGAGUUCGAAUCCCGUUGACGUGUUCACUAACUGACGUACCAACUGAUCACUAUUUUGGUUGUUUAAAGUGAUUACCUCUUACAGAGCCAGUACCAUAGAGAACUUGCUUGCUUAUUUCAGUUUACCUCUCUGCUUGCAUUUUUGUGAUUGUCAAUUACAGGAGAGAUUAAUUUGUUCAGGUUCAGGUUCAUUGUCUAUGUAUUACUUUGAAUUAAUAGUUGUUACCUCAAGCUGGGUGAUUGGAAAACCGAUCUCCAAGGUUACAGUGAGGCGUCUAUACCGCAGAUCAUCCAGUAUUAUGCAGCAGCCACUGAAAAUGACAGAAAUUGUUAUAAGGUAUUUACAAUUCAAUUAUCCCCUUGCGGGUAGCGGGGUAGGGGUAUCCUCUACCAACAGGAGACGUAAGGCGACUCCUUUCCUUCCGCUAGCCGACGGGUCACCCGUGGGCAGGGUGUAGUACCCGGUCAGCCACCUGAUCAGGGUUACGUGAAGUCAUGGGAGCAGGUAAUGGAUGUUGUUGAGGAGGCACCCGAUGUCAUAAUCCACAGUGCUGGCUCCCAUAACUGGCACCAGGCAUAGAAUCAUUCUACCAAAUUUGCAUUCAGAACACCAUGACUACCGGAUUUAUUAUGUAAACAUUUAUUUACGUCAUCAGUAUGGAAUUUCUGUCGCUGAGUCGCAGACGUUCCUCCUCGCUAAACGUCCCUCAGCGGCGAUGAGCGAGGAGAAACGUCUGCCGUUUGCAGGCUAAAAUGACCAGGUCUACGAGGGCGGCACACUUUAGAAGGUACCGUAGCGAUCUGGUUUAUUUGUUCUCUUCUAUCAGGCGUGGCAUGCUUGGGCAUACAUGAACUUUGAAGCAGUAUUGUAUUACAAAAACCAGCAGUCAGGAAACGAUGGAAAUGGUAAUGAAAGUAUCUUGAGGACACCUCCAAGCAAUACCUCCUCUGUAAGUUCAUGUUUGUUUACAAGGCCAUUUUUGUUUGUUUGUGGAUUUGUUUGUCAGUUUUCUGUUUAUCUGGGAUAAAAGGAUUCGCGGGAAUUCACGUUUUGCUGGUUUCUAUUUUCUAGCCGUGAUGUUCAGAUCUCAUUUGUAUGUGUUUAUUGAUUGCUUGAAGUUCAGAACCUCCAGAUCAUUAUACGUUUCCUGGGAAACAGCUCACCUACCCCUCCCUUAAGCCAACUUUAACACUUACUUCUCACUAAUGCAAAACGUUGGAUUAGGGGAGGGUAGGUAGGCAGUUUCCUAGGAACGUAUGAUCCAAGUUGCCUUCCUAAUCGCCAUUUUAUGACGUUUAAGUAUAGGUCUUCGGUCCCAAGGAUAGAUUUUUCAAUAAGAAGUAGUGAAAAGUGUCUGUUUAGUAUUGGCAGACAGUCAACUCCAAUAUUCUUCUUCGUAAAACAGUUUUGUAGGCCUCGAAAGGAAAGGGGUUCGUUACAGUCAAGUUAACAAAAUUGGUGACUUCUUGGUGUUGCGGAUGAGUGCAAUCACUUAAUGACGUAAUUGCAAAGAUUGGAAAGACAUUGAACAGUGCAGUGGAACCUCGAUAUACCGAAGGGCCAGGGGACUGGUAAAAUUUGUUCGCUAUAACGAGCUUUCGUUAUAUCGAGAGGUUCUUUUCCUUAUAUUUUACUAUUACUGAGGUGAAGAAAAUUGUUCGUUAUACUGAGGACUUUGUUAUAUAGAGGUUCGUUAUAUCGAGUUUCCACUGUACCUAACCAACAGUAGUUUCCGCAGUACCAAGAAACACCCAGAAAGGUUCAUUAUAUAGAGGGCGUAUUAUGAAAGACGACUUUAAUUUGACAUCAUUAGGUAUUGUCUUUUUAUUGUUUUGUUUUGUUUGUUUGUUUGUUUUUUUUUUUUACCGUUUCUUGCCUUAAUAAAAACUAACAAAAACAAUCAAGGUGAAACAAUAGCUUUCACGCGCGGCAAAGUUCAACUUUUCCGAUUAAUGCUUUCGUAUGAGAUUUGCGGUAAGUGCUGAAUAGACGAGAUCGCUAACUUUCCGAUGAUAAUCUUGAUUUUUUAUCUUUGUUGUAGGUGGUGAACUCCGUUAUUUUAUACGCUGUGCCGGCAGUGAAUGGCUUCUUUAAGUCAAUAGCUUUGUCCAGCGGCAAUUCGCUCCAGGAUACGCUGAGGUAUGCAUUCGCAACUAAAUAAACGAGGAGCCUGAGCCGAGUUAGCUUUCGGAAAGACCCCUGGGAUCUUUAUUGUGGACGCGCCGGUCAGCUGUUGUCCCAAUAACAGUCGCACAAGUGUUUGCGAAUGUUUAUUCGACGCAAUGUCCUUCUCGUUUCUUGAGUGGUGAAUUGGUACUUGUCAUCGAAAUUCUGAUUGGUAGAGAGAAUGAUACGCUUACUUGUUAUAUAUUAGAGACCUUAAGAUCGAGGUUUGGUCAUUUUACUGCAAACGACAAACUGCGGUUUGCGGUUAACGGUUUCAUGUUACCCGUCUGCCCUUAUUUGGAACUUAAGUUUCGCGGGUGGUAGCUCGCGGCUGCCAUGUUUGUUUUCAUUCAUCCACUUACUUCUAUUUUAGCUGAGAAAUUGUCUUCAAAAUUACGUUUUUUUUGAAAUAGAAUUCGACAAUCAUCAUGCAAAAGAGUCUAAAAAGUCAUAUUUGUUCUCAAACGUAGGUUUGUGAUGUUUUAGGGUGCAAAAACCUUGUGGUAAAUCACUUACCUCUGGAGCGUGGUCUAGCCGUACAAACGUGAACCUCAAACCGCAAACCUGACGGCAAAGCCCUGGUCACGUGACUUCUUGACGUUAGCGGCUCGCUGGAAAUGCCGAAAAACCCCAAUUUUAAGGUCUCUGUUACAAAACCUUUAACCGCGGCAGGGUUAGCUCAGUCGGUGGAGCACAUGACUACGGGGCGGAGGUCGAAGGUUCGUUUCCCGGGGCCGGACCAAUACGCAGGGUUUCUAAAAUAAUAAUUGAAUGAAGGUACUUCCAUUGUCCUUCAAACGGCUAGACUUUCGCGUGGCUUAGAUGACCACGUGAAAUAGCAGUCCCGUCCCAGUGGAAUUGUCAACGACUUCUUAAGUACUUUUUGAGGUACUGUCGUGCCCUGCGCUUGUUCAUCUGUGAUUCUGCGCAUCAUUUGUACACUGUUUUGCUCACCUACGUAUGUAUGGCUUUAUGGUCAGAUUGUUGACGCUGUGGUUUGAUUACGGCCAUUGGCCUGAAGUUUAUGAAGCUUUAGUUGAAGGGAUCAAGACUAUUCAGAUAGACACUUGGUUGCAAGUCAUUCCUCAGCUGAUCGCCAGAAUUGACACGCCUCGUCAACUAGUUGGACGACUUAUCCAUCAGCUGCUUACAGACAUUGGCAAACAUCAUCCUCAGGUAUUGGUCUUGUUGUUGUUGUUGUUGUUGUUUGUGAAUGACAGUCACGAAAUCAACAGUGGCGCUCUGGAAGACAAAGAGAAAAAUGGAUUAAAACAAUGUCACUACUUAGAAAACUUCAUAAUAGCACAAAUUUAAUUUUCAAAACCGCUCAAUGCAUGAUUCACCAAGUACUUUCCUUGUUUUAUCUGCUUCUUUUCCCUCCACCGGCUGAAAAUCGUUUCUCUCUAGCUUAAAGCUCCAUGUUAGUGUUGCUGUGUUCACUCACGAAAAGGAAAAUUGGCAGUGUUUUCCUGCCUUCUCUCCUGCCACUUUCCACUAUGCUUCCAUCACCUGCUGUUGUAUCCUGAGCGGGGUACAACUGCUGAGUUGUAUCAAAAUGAGCGUGCCAGCAAGCUCUCCGUGGCCCCGUCGCCAGAGCGCCCAAGAUAGCUUGCUAGCAGUUGAGUCUAGGAAUAAACAACAGUCAUAUUACUCAUUGAUUGUAUUUCUGUCUCUGCGCAGGCCUUGAUAUACCCAUUAACUGUGGCUUCAAAAUCAGCGAGCAGUGCUCGGAAAAAUGCAGCAAAUCAGAUUCUCAAGAACAUGUGUGAACACAGUCAUCAGCUGGUACAGCAAGCAGUUAUGGUAGGUUCCUUUGCUUGUUCAUUCGCUCUAUGUUGCAUUUAGCCAUUAUACUAACAACGACUUCAUUCACUUGUACGAAAAAUUAUGUGAAUCGAUCUACGUUCACAACUCGGAUCGCGAGCGGUGCACGCCCUCUGUUGAAAAGGCUUCCUGUGAUACGUCAUCUAUUAGUAAAUCAGCGUCUUAAUAUUUGCGCUUAUGAUUUGAAUUCUUGAGUUCGUUGGGAACGGUGAGCGGUAAAAUGGCUGGCUUGAAGCCCACAGAAUCUCUCCACGGUCUUCACUCUAACUAUGAGAUCGAAUGAAAAAUGUACUUUUUUGGAAGAAUGUAGUUAUAUUAUGAGAUUAUUGUAGGUCAGCGAAGAGCUCAUCCGUGUCGCCAUCUUGUGGCACGAAUUAUGGCACGAAGGAUUAGAAGAAGCAUCCAGGAUGUACUUCAGUGAAGGAAAUGUGAAAGGAAUGUUCACUGUAUUAGAGCCGCUGCAUCAGAUGAUGGAAAGAGGUCCGCAGACGCUCAAAGAGACUUCCUUUAACCAGGUUAGGUUGACACCAUUAAUUAUAAUCGUCGGUACUAAAUUGGGCACAUUUUAAACAUACUUGUUAGCCUUCGACUGACAUUUCCAAAGGUCAUAAGUUACUUUUAAGAGUAGUUGGCAACAAUUCUUUUCUCAUCUUUUAGGCCAUUUAAUUUUAUGUUUAAAUCCAAACAUAUAUUGGUGAACCCUCGUUUGGCGAGAACUAAUUGCGCCAGGUAGUUUUUACAACAACAAGCAACAAGUUACUUCAGUUACCUUCCAAAUGAAUCAAGCAAGUUGGAAAUAACAGCUAAAACGUUUGGAACUGAACGUAUGCGCUUUUACUGACUUCGAACGAAAUGAGCUUUCACACUGACCUAUGUAGGCCUUUACACGUUAUUUUUUGCCCACUAAAUAAUGUAAGGUCACAUUCAACACCGACAUAGACCCUUAAAAAAACUUGACGUUGCCCAAUUUAUUUCACGUAAGAAAUGAAGUUUGCCAGUAAAACUUCUCCACUGACAACUAAUGCACCUAUCAAUGUAAACCCCGUGGGGGGGUGGGCGAGUGCGGGCAAGGGGUGGGGAUUUGACAAAUUUUAAAAUUUUUCGAUCAACUUCCCCACGGUGGGAAACGAAAGAUCAAUCAAAAGUGUCAAAAAAGCCCCCACCCCAGGGGAAAUAAUAUAAACAAACAAUGCUAUAAUACUAUAUAAAACGAGUAAAAGAACAUUUCAAACACGUUGUUACUACUUUUAUUUACGGUUAACGGAAGCUCCAUUAAAUUACUCGCUGUAAUUAAGUAUUUUCUCUCUCCACUAGCAUCUCUUAUCUUGAACAACAAAAUCACUUCAGGAAGAUUGACCGUGCUGUAUAAUAUUAAUAAAACGUAAAAUGCUUUAUAACAUCUGCUCAACAUGUCGGAACAGGUCGGAUCAGUGACUCAUAAAAAAUCCUCUGACUUUCCUGGCGGAAUUCGAUUUCAAUCGAGUUUUACAAUCAGAUGGGAACUUGAAGAUAAAAACUUCCUCAAAAUAGACAUUAUCUGUUUAGAUGACAGUUUAAAGUAUCGGAUUAUGGCGAUUAAAACAAGUGAAAACUUCAUACCUUUCUCCAACAACAUGACUUUCAGGAAGCCUCGAGGGACGGACUUGGUAACUGCUUCUGAAUUGAUACCAGGCUUCUGUCGGGGGCCCCUCCCCUGGAUCCGCCACUGCAACUCUGUUAUUUUGGCAAGCCACUGUUUUGACCUACUUGGUUUUCUUUGAAUCAAUUUGUAACAGGCUUAUGGUCGUGAUCUGAUGGAUGCCCAUGAGUGGUGUAAAAAGUACCAGAGAUCAGGAAAUGUGAAGGAUCUGACGCAGGCCUGGGAUUUGUAUUACUUGGUCUUCAGAAGAAUAUCUAAGCAACUUCCUCAGGUAACCAAAGAUAAACUUUUGAAUUCAUAGAGUGCAAACCCCGAAAGGAAAUUAAGUAGCAGCGUGUUAUUUAUUGCGGGCGACCGGAGGGGCCCGCAAUCCUAAUCUCCAGGUUGCUAUAACGCAGGCGCGGCACUGUGUAGCCAGCAUUUGAUUGGACUUCCACGAAGAAUAAAAGGAACGCAUAGAACGCGACCUGAUCACGUGCGUUUGGAUCUUCUUUCACCAGCCAUCUGGUUUCAAAAAACAUAUUAUUUUCCCCUUUUCUUAGGCCUUAACCACAUUUUGCUCAGAGUAAAGUGCGGGUAGAAAGCGUGUAAACCUUGGGGUGGUCAUUCAAAUAAAAGACAAUCAUUUUUCUGUUAUGCUAUAGUCGUUAUACUUUAAAAGUUGAUGCAACCGUGAAUUUUCGCCUAUGAAAUCCCAAAAUGAGAUCUGUUGAUUAGUUAUUUCUCCAGGACAUUUUUUUUUCACUUUGCUCUGCGAUACGGUUAGUCAGCGAUUAAAUCUCUUGCCUAUUGGCUGUUGUUGAUGUGUCUUAGGGCGGCAACCGUCGGUCAGAACUGGCGGACCUGGGGCCCGUUUCUCGAAGCUCCCAGUAAUUACCGGGCCCCGUAAGCUGUUUUGUUUUCCAUUUUAGAAGGGAGUUUUAAAAGUUUUGAAAAUUAUACAGUAGAGUUAUUAGCUAACGAAACAAGCUGGACUUCAUUAGAGGUCAGAACACACUCUACUUCUCUUGAGACUUUGAUUUAAAAAUAUGAUACCGGGCCCGUUAAGUUACCGGGACUUUCGAGAAAUGGGCCCCUGACCCGUCUAGACCUGUCUACUAUUAUUCGGGUCUAUUCAGCCAGGUAAAUUUAAAUUUUCUGAAUAGUAUAACCGGCAUUGAUACGUUUUAGUGCAAAUUUCGGGAAAAGAUUAAUAUUUCAUUUUCAAUAUGACUGGUUCGACCAGCCAGUUCGAACGUUGGGUAAGUGCUUCUAUUAUUCACUUUAAAAUUUGUUGAGUUGCUUUAUUUGCGUUUCAGUUGACCUCCCUGGAGCUUCAGUACGUGUCCCCUAAACUGCUGAUGUGCCGUGAUUUGGAACUAGCUGUUCCUGGAACAUAUGAGCCUCAUAAGCCAGUCAUUCACAUCCGACAUGUGCACUCCUCGCUUAACGUCAUCACUUCCAAACAGAGACCAAGAAAACUCUGUAUCACAGGUAACUUGGAUGAAUGCAGAGAGAUUUUGUUUGCUGAUUUAUUUACUGCUGACACCAAGUCAUGCGAGUGAAUUUAGCAAUAGUGGUGGUUCAUCAGUCACACCGGCCGUCAACUAUCUCUUACACUAUCUCCCCCGACCUCCAUGUAAAUCGGCAUUGCAGCCUGUUUAAGCUUUUUCGUCAUCCCGUACGACCCUUCCUGAGGGCUCCUUAUCUUUCCCGAAAUGGCAGGAGUUGGGGACCCACGACUUGCACUCGCUCCACCUCUAUGAGGUACCUACUAGCUUCGAAGCCAACUGUUUGCCUCAAAAGAUGGAAACAAGACUGCAAGCUGAUGUUAAGAAGGCGCGACUCUUAAUCUCUCUAAAGCCGUCAAUUUAUACUUUCGAGUUACCUUAAUUGCUUUUCGUUCAUACAGGCAGCAAUGGAGCAGAGUUCAUGUUUUUACUGAAAGGCCACGAAGACUUGCGUCAGGAUGAGCGAGUCGUACAGUUGUUUGGUUUGGUGAACACCCUGCUUGCGGGAGAUCAAGAAACAUCAAAGAGACACCUAGGGUAAGUCUUUUCUUCAGUUUGGUUUUAAUAAAGUCUACCUUGUACAACCUUCUUUGUAUAUAACAAAAUUAGCGCCAAGACAUUUUAGGCGGCGCGCCCCAUUCUGAAGUACUUAUUAUAAGUAAAUCUGACAAACCUCUGUUACUAUUCGAAGGCAACAUCUACUAAGGCAAAGACGUCAGAUGUUGACGGUUGUGCUUGAAUAAUUUUUAUGCUGGUUUUCAAAUUAUGCAUUUUUAUAUAUUUAUCUAAGGCUAAAGCGUUUAAGGAAAAGUUUGAGGAAAUAACUGAGCUACAACCUCUAGAAGAACGGAAUGCUCCUGUAGAUUAAACUGCAGUGAUUGAGCUCAAGUCAAGUGCCUUUAUGCUAGCUUUGUUGUAAUUAUGACUAUAUUCGAUCUCGUCUACUGUUUUAGAAUUCAGCGGUAUGCAGUUAUUCCACUGUCAACGAACUCAGGUUUGCUUGGCUGGGUGCCUCACUGUGACACACUGCACACGCUUAUCAGGGACUACAGGGAGAAGAAAAAGAUACUACUCAACAUUGAACAUCGCAUCAUGCUCAGGGUAAACCUUUUUACUAAAUAAACUUUGAGCUCUGAUGUCCUGUACUCUCAUUUCCUUUGGGUUCGCGUAGUAUCGAAAUUCCUAGAGCAUAUUUUUGAUGCUUUCGUUAGGGGGAGACUACACUGCAGAUAACCGGAUAUCUAGAGUUUUAAUACAGAACGGAACAGCCAUUUUCCUUGAGAUACAGAUCGUUACUUUUUUGCUUUAAGAUAGCCCAGUUUAUCCUCCAGGCAGGAAUUGGAAUUAUAGGCCAUAGGGGUCUCCUAAAAAAAUUGAAUUAUUUUAUCAAGAGAUACAUAAUGGGGAAGGUAUCCAAUACGUGGAGAAUGAAUUCCCCAUUAAUAUAAAUAUGAAAACCUGUGAAUUAUACAGUUAGAAAUGAUGUCAUCACCAAAAAAUUCUUUACGUAAUAAAGUAGUUUGUGUUUCUUCCAAUCAGAUGGCACCUGACUACGACCACUUGACGCUAAUGCAGAAAGUUGAGGUGUUUGAGCAUGCGCUCUCGAACACUAACGGGGAUGACCUGGCUAAGUUAUUAUGGCUGAAGAGUCCAAGCUCUGAGGUACUCUCAUCAGAUCGAAAACUGUUUGUGUGUUAACUUUUGUCUGUUAGGGUCUUGGACGGCCAAGGUCUUUUCCUUUUUACAUCAUUUUUUUUCCCGUUUCAUUCCGGUAUUUCCGUAAUCUUUACUGAAUAUAUAGAAGAGUUAUCUUUUCAGUUCGUGUUGACAUAAAAAGGGAGUUCUUAGGUGGUGAGCGUCUAAGAAGUAUUCUAGUCGUCCUCCCGUCCUAAAGGAGAACAAACCGAGAAAACAUCAACAGCAACAAAUACAAUUUUAAGAUUGCAGUGUCCCAUGUCUGGUUUAAGCUGAACGUUCAUCUAAGGCCAAGGCCAAACGUCGAACUUUUCAUGAGACGAACUAAACUUAGUGAGUUAAGUUCAUGAAAAGUUCGACGCCUGGCUCUGUUAAGUUCGUCUGAAUGCGUUUGGUUCGUCCAACACGUUCUAUCCCUGUGCUUCAGACGGAUAGAACGUCUUGAGAUCGUCCCGGGACACAUUCGACGAACUAAACUAAUAAAUUAAAAAUUCGUAUAAUAAUUAACAGUUAAUGAAUGAGGCUGAGUAUCUUGUGAAGAAUUAUGGAGAUCGAGAAGGGUGUUAUCCGUCGAGGCCGUAAGCCGAGGCGGAUAACACCCUCCGAGAUCUUCAUAAUUCUUCAUAUGAUACGAAAGCCGAAUUCAAUAACUGUUUUAUUAUUCAUUCAAAAUAAUUCCUAGUUUAAAAACACAGCUAAAACAUGCUUAUACCUCGAUCGAUCCAUCGAUGUUGAGUUCAUCUUCGAUAGCGUACGUUUAGGUUUGUCCAGUUCCGCAAAUAGCAGAUGUCGCCCUCCGAGUUGUCUUCUUUCUGUUUUUGCUAUGUUUUUUGCUAUUAUUACGCCUAGUUUCAACUGUAGUUUUUACUCUUGAAACGAGUGAAGUGUCCGCCAUUUUUAUUUUCACAACCAAAACAACUCAGCCUCGUUCCCACGGUGCCUUAACCUGUAAGAACGCUGCAUUUUUGACGUCACUUCCUCGUUAAAGUCAAAAUUUUUCCAAAUUUGGUCAUCAGUAACUGGUUAUCGUGAAGUAAGUGUGUGCUUUUAGCCAAUCAGAAUUGAGGAAAUAUUUUGAAUGAAUAAUAUUGUAUAUUUAGCCUUGUUGGGGUAAAAUUUAUUAAAAUUGCUUUAUGGUCUUAUUCAGUUGAUUGGUUCGACGCGUCCUAAGUUAAUUUAGGUUGACCCAAAUUAAAGUUUGGUUCGUGUCAUGAAAAGCUCGAGGUUUGGCCCAGGCCUUAGUUAGCUGACAUGUUUUGGUUUUUCUUCUUUAUGAAGGUUUGGUUUGAUCGUCGAACAAACUACACUCGAUCACUUGCCGUGAUGAGUAUGGUGGGCUAUGUUCUCGGUCUGGGAGAUAGGUAAUGUUUGCAGCUUACUUGUACAUACCCUACUAUCAUUCUUUUUAUUCCAACUAGUGGUAUUUCAGAAGGUUUCCGUGGCUGCUGUUGUAGUGGUAAGACUGUCUCUUAGAGCUGUAUCUCAUAGUACGUGUUGUGCAUUUUACGUAAUCAAUUCAAAAUUUGUCACCUCCUCGAUCUUUUACGAAACUUCGAACUGGGCGAACUCGAACAGGGCAGAAACCGGCAUACAUCCUUGUAUUUAGGAUAGCUUUCGACGGAGAAACCACUGCUUAUAGGAGAGCAUAUUAUUUCUUACCGUUAAGUAGAAGAAACACAAACGUCUUCCGUCCUUCCCGAAGUAGCAUAAUCAUUUGAAUACAUUCACUUUUAAACCUUUCCCCUUUUUUCAGACAUCCUUCGAAUUUAAUGCUGAACCGCUUGAGUGGAAAGAUCUGUCAUAUCGACUUUGGUGACUGUUUUGAGGUAUGCCUCUGUUUAAUUCUCGUCUUUGUGCUAAUAUGGCUUGUUUUACCAUAAGUUCUUUCCAAUUGUUCUCUUGUUUUAAUGUUUUAAUUUAGGUUGCUAUGACAAGAGAAAAGUUUCCGGAAAAGAUUCCAUUUAGACUCACAAGAAUGCUGACAAAUGCAAUGGAGGUAAGAAAUUUGACGUGGUCCAGAUUGACCAGCAAGCACCCUUAGUUAAGUCCAGUCAUAUCGUCUGUAUAUUCUACAUUAUUUUGUAGACCAUUACCUGUCGGUGCUGUUAAACAACGAAUAAUUAACAUCACCCAGUUAGAUGAAAAUGACAUUGUUCUUUAAGCCAGCUAGUAACAGCUUUCUUUAAUCUGCAUGUAAAUGUAGUUUGUUUACCCACAACAUAAGUAGGAGUUCUCGAGAACUCGUUCGAAAGUGUUCGUUCGAAUGUACAUUCCAACCUUCCGUCGUCUUUGCUUGAAAAAUUAAUCAAGAGUUUUCUUCCGCACUUAACGACUAAUAUCAAGCAAAAAACACUUGCCCGAGGUAAGUAGUAUCGAAAGUAAAUUUCAAAGUUAAUCAAACGUGAUAUUUGAGUCCUGGAAGGUAUUGGUAAGGGUUUUGUCUUUUUAAUCUUUUUCUCCUUUAGGUGACUGGCAUUGAUGGUAAUUACCGAAUGACCUGUGAAAGCGUCAUGCGUGUAUUGCGUGCCCAUAAGGACAGCGUGAUGGCCGUGCUUGAAGCUUUUGUUUACGAUCCUUUACUGAACUGGAGACUGAUUGAUUGUAAGAUUUAGAUACACUUGUUUUUUGCUCAGUGAAUUUAACUAAUAUUGCUUUCGCGGUGAAAGGCUUCCGUGGUUGAAAAACUAUUUCGCGGGAGGGAAGUAAAUUGUAUGUUUUAAUUCGCAGUCAUCGGAAGAGCAUAACGUUUGUUAUGGAGUACCGCAGGGAUCCCUCCUUGGGCCCUUGUUGUUCAUUGUCUACCUUAAUGAACUAACGAGUUGUGUAAAAUAUUGCUCAGUAAAUAUGUACGCUGACGUGACAAUAAUUGGUCAAAUGGUACACCAUUCCCUUCCGAAAAACUAACUCGAAUAAAUUGUCAAGUUGAUUCUCACAGAAGAGCAGAUACACUGCGCAACUUCUGAGAUAUUUCUUCGCAAAAUUUCACAACACCUCAACGGUAUCAAACCGUCUGAACCCCUGUUUUCAACAAAUGUUGAAAGAAGGUUGAGAUAAUACUCUGACUGCUUUUCCGGGUAUCCCAUUAACGAAACCAGUCCGGAAUGUAUUGUCCUCACUUUUCACUGAAGUUAACUCACGUCCACCUUUUUAUCCUUUCUCCACAGCGACUCCAAAAAUCAAGCGUUCCAAGGGACGAUCAGAUACGAUCUCGGAUGGAGGAGAAGGUCUGUCUUUAACGAACCUUUUUUUUAGUGCAAUUAUUAUUUUUAGAUAUUUUUUACUAAGUUCCUUUUCUGCACUUAUUUAUUUAUUUAUUUUGAUUGUUUGUUUGUUGGCAGAUUUAUUGGAAGGCGUUGAAGUCAACCCUGAAAGACCUUCCAAGAAACAAUCUGAGCACCACAUGCCAUCUUUUGGUAAGUAAAAACAAGAGACACUUAGGUGUAGUUUUCCCUUACCCUUUGUUGAUGAUCUUGUGUUAUUUCAAAGUGUUUAUUGCCCCUUCAAUUUCGUGUACCUUCGUGUACUCCUCUUUAAAAGAGAAGGGCUUGUGAGAGAAGAAAACAUUGAAAGUAAAGAGGAAUUAGGAGACCAGCUGACAAGUGGAUUCAGAGGGUCGUCCCCUUUCCGAUAACAACAGCGGUAGGAAAAGUUGGGAUGGGAAGAAGUGGUACCAGCGGUCAGUGCAAUAAUAUAUAUGCACUCUAUUUGAUUGUCAAAGUAUUGAGCAGGAAAGUACUAAAUAAUUAUUCUGGACACUAUAUUUUCGUCUACAACUGGUGACUGGCCCGCCAUUUCACGUGGUCACCCGAGCCGAACGAAGGUCUAGCCGCUUGCAGAGGUGUAAAGGGAGUACCUUUAUUUCUGAUUUAUUUCAAGACCCUGAGUAUUGGUCUGGCCCAGGGAAUCGAACCCGUGACCUCCCGCUCUAAGAUCAAGCGCUCUGCCGAGUAAACUAAUCCUGCCGCGGUUUGGCAGGAGCAGCUUUGUCGCAGUUCGUAUUUCUGGCCUACAAUAUAAAGGUGGAUAGACUAUUAACUCACUCAGGGUAAUUUUCUACCGUGCUAUUUCUUCUUUUCUUGCAGAAGAUGACAGUGGCCAUAAACCCGAGGCACUAAACAAGAAAGCUGUUGCUAUUGUCAAUCGUGUUAGAGACAAAUUAACAGGUAAAGGCAUUGUUUUGUUUACGUCACUAGGGAAGAUUACAGUUUUCUACAUCGAGGACUAGGCCCAGUUUAAGAAGGGUGGAAGGGCCUGAAAUGCACAAGUGUACUCAUGUUUGUUAAUUAUUUAUCCUCGACAACUCUGUCGGAUUUAUUGGGUGGCAUUAACCCUUUCAGUGCCAAGUGUGGACAAAGGCAAAAUUCAACAACAAAUAGCACCAUUUGAAAGUACAAGCACAGAGGUUUCAUUUGAAUGGUCACAUCGUAGGAUUUUGUCCACAGACUCGAAAGUUAGAACUACCUUAAGUUACUCGAACAUUCACUCUGGCAGUAAGAAACCGUAAUUGGACUACUAGGGCGAGAUAAGGAUGAGUUGACGCUCUCAGACCAAGUUCGAGUGCUUUAGUGUCAGACCGAUCAAUUCAUUCAAGUCCGGGCUCCAAUCCUGGAAAGCAGCAGAGAAAACGGAUGGCUCUGAGGUGAAAACUUCAAUUCUUUAGUGUUCACGCACUUUGUUUAUUUGUUUGUUUUCUAGGUCGCGACUUCACCAGUCAUAACAACCUUGACGUUACAACACAAGUUGAUCUGUUGAUUAAACAAGCCACCUCGCACGAAAAUCUCUGCCAGUGCUACAUCGGAUGGUAGGAAGAUAAAGAGUAUUACACGUCUGCUAGAUCAGCUUAUCGUGACUUGUCGGAACCAUAAAAACAGCAUUUUCGUUUUCGUUGCGACACAUGCAUAAUAAGCAUAAGCUCAGACAGAAGCGCGAACACAUCAUUUUAUAUAUUCAACAGACUUCAAAUACAUCAUCACGUUUAUAUGAUUGCUAACAUGCCAACCAUCAACGUUCUACUUUUAGCAGUGUGCGGGGCGUUUGUCACAUGAACUUAGUUUGAUGUCCGUAGCUCCCUCCUGUAGCUCAGCUGUUAGCGUUAGGCUAGACUACAAUGGAGGUCAAAACAGAUUGGGACAUUGUAGAAAAACACUCCCAAGUAAUUGUUGCACAGGAGUGUCCUCUUAGUAACAAUUUUUUUUUUCAUCUACUUCGGGUUCAUCCCUUCAUCCCACCGCCCCCCCCCCCAAGCAAUGUUGCGCCCAAAAAAGAAUUAAUUUCCGCCCAUUUUGCUCAACAUUUAACAUUCUUUGAGGAGGGAGGGAGAAGGUCGCUAUUUUUACUGGUAUUAAUGGAAAGAUCCCAACACUUCUGACCUCCACUAUAGUUACGAGAAGGUCAUAGGUUCGACUCCUGAAAGAGAAACUCAGUAUUUAACUGAAGUCUGUGUCACUGACUGAAAAGUAUCAUCAUCAUAAGCGAAAAGAUGUUGAAACUUAUGAUAGUCAUACUCAUAUGUGUACUUUGUGGCGCUGGUGCAUAGAGGUUAAGGAUCAUCUUAAACGUGUUUUCACCGGGAAUAGAUGUCCCAAAUGGUUCACAAGGUUCUUACGUUCGGACUUACUUAGUCUGGGCAGGGCUUUACUGAACUAAAUAUUUUGGGAUUGCAACAUUUUGUUUUGCCCCUUCUGCAUUAAUAGCUACUUUAUAAAUGUAAUUUACUUAUUUUAUUUUUGUUCAUUCUCAGGUGCCCGUUUUGGUAAAGUGUUGCAGAAAAUAAUCCUACGCCAAUGAUACAGUGGAAGAAUUCUGGAAGUGUCAGAAUCUCAUCUUAUACGGAGCAUUAGAAUAGCCGCUUGAAUUUUUUUUCCGUUUUAUUUCCUUUUGACGAAUAUCCCCCCCCCCUGCCCCCAUAAGUUUUGUAACGGUCCCUCCCUAAAUGACUGUCGAAUACCGAAGGUCGACAGAUAACAAAUGCAUAAAAUGAAGACCUUCGCUCCGAAUCGCCGGACACACGUACAAUUUAGCAGUUCUCUGUAAAAGUAUGGAAUCUUUUGUACGAUAUUGUAAACAAAUUUGUGAAUAGGUUUAUGAUUUGAAAUGUAAUUCUGUAAAGAUCUCUUCUUU